CACGGCGUCAACAAUGACGACGACGGUGCCGAUGACGUCAACGACAACGGCGCCGGUGAUUGCGGCCGCUCUGUAGUGGCCCCUUCGACCACCUCGUGCGCGCCACUCUCAUGUCGGCGGCUGUGACACCGACUGCGACGACGACGACGGCGGCGGUGGCGGCGGUCCGAUUUGCGGCCGUCGUGACGGCCGCGCGACUACGACCGCGACCACAGAUCGCAUCUUUCCACAGCGCUCCCGGCGCCCGAGCCGUGCUCGAGCCGGCCGUAUAAUAUUUCGUACGGUACGCCGUAAAACAAGUUCGGCAUAGCUGAGUGAAGCUCGCCAACCCGCCGACCUAAACGCAAAUAUAAUAAUACGCCCGCACACCCGAUUGCCGUGACCCGUUUACCCGGCACCGGAAUCAGCGACUAAUAACCGCCAACCGCGCCAGCUUCACCUCGGGCGCCGCCGCCGCCGUCGCCGGUGGUGGCCGGACCCGAUGAACCGGACCGAGUGCCAGACGCUGCGCGACUCGAUGGUGUGGAGAGACGCGCAGGUGUUGGGCGCUCUUGUCGGCUUGUCGUUCAUAGCGUUGAUCGUGACCGUCGGCAACACGCUCGUGGUGGCCGCCGUGUUCAACAGUUCCAAACUGAGAUCGCCCACCAACACGUUCAUCGUUUCGCUAGCCGUGUCCGACCUGAUGGUCGGCGUGGCCGUGUUACCGUUCAGCGCUACCUGGGAAGUGUUCAAGGUAAAAAAAAAAAAAAAAAUUCAUUACUAUUAUUAUUAUUAUUAUUAUUAUUAUUGUUAUUACGCUCGUGCGUUUAGGAUUCACCCGAUGACUCGGCGAUGUUGCCGUUGCGCAAUGGAUAAAUAAAAAUAUUAAAAGGAUACGUAUACCGAUGCGGUCGUCUGUCUAGAACUGUGUUUCUCAAUGUGAGAGGCGUGAACACGUUGAGGGGGAGGCACGAGCAUUUACAUUGUACAUUUUAUGUAAACGAGGAGUAAAACGAAUAGUAAAUAACGGCCCGUGAUCGCGUAUCGCUUCGGCUAAAAUAAUAAUCGUAGUUUCAAAAAUCCCGUGCCGCUGCGCCGACCGUCGCUACAAAAACAAAAGCCUACAAAAACCUACAAAAACCUAACCAACUUCAUUAUAAAAACAAAACUACAGAAAUCACUCGGUUGUCGAAUCACACUCGAAGUGUGCUCCUCUCCGAUAUCGAACCAAACAUAAAACUAUUCAAAGGAAAGUGUUUUUGGCUUUUUAUUAUCAUUUUUUACAAAUUACAAAAUAUUAUUCACAUUACCACGUAAUAAAAUUUUACCAUUUAUAUUAUUGGCGAUUACACGAAUAUUGUGUAGUUUAUUUAUAAAAUAUAUCAAAAAACAAGAUCAUCAAAUUUUUCAAUUUAUAGAGUGGUGAGGAGAGGGGGUUAGAUUUAUGAAAAAUCUCGGGGGCGAGGAAUAAAAUAGGUUUGGAAUUACUGGUCUGGAACGACUUAAAAUUAGCAAUCCCAAACGAUUUAUCAAUUCAACACGAGCAUUGAAAAUUAUCGGCUAAACGUACACUAAAUGUAAUGUAGUAGAUGAAAAGUAAAUUAUUCCUUUAAAUAAAGUUUAAAAAAAAAAAUACAAAACAAAAUAAAUAUAUUUAUUUUAAGCUCUGAAUCAUCGAGACACAUCGACACAUCGUACAAUACGUGAAUUAUAUUCAAAAUUUAUUUUUAUUCUAAUGGGUACUUUAUUUUUCUAAAACCACGGCGUGACAAAAAAAAAAUAAAAAAGGAUGACAUACUUCGCACGUGAAUGACUCACUGUUAUUGGUGAAAAGUUGGGAUAUUAGAGGGCAAAUUCAAUGUAUAUCUGUACGCAACGAUUAAAGCCAUUGCUAAUGAAAAAUCGAGUCUGAGCAAAGUUCGGUCAAUAGUGUGGCAUUGUCAACAAUAUACAUGACACCUUAUGGUUUUUUCUACGUUUUUCUUUGGUUUACCCAUUUAUUGGGAAAACUCAUGGGAAAAUCAAAAGACUCUCCCUAAUGUGCCAACCCAGUUAUAUUUUUUUUUUUUUAGAAAAAGUAAUGUAAUUGUAAAUCGGAGGAAAAUUUCUGGUAGAAAAGUUGUCCACAGAAAAAAAAAAAUUAAACAUCAUUAUAAAACCAAUGCAUUCCUCGCUCCAUUUAGAAUCGAAAAGAGCCAAAACUGGAAAUAAGUGUGCCACUGUUAUAGCUAAGAAGUCGGGAAGGUAGGACAGAUUAAGUUAUUGCAUUUAUACCUGUAACGAUAAACCAUUGGUAAUGACACACGAUUCGGAGCGAAAUUCGGUUAUACAUAUGUUUUAAAAGACCGUAAUAUUUACGAUUUUCAUCAAAAUUUGACAUUAAAACUGUAAUAAAAAUAAACUUUAUUUCAUUUUUCGGUUUUGCCCAAUUAUUAAAAAAAUCAAAAAACAAUUUUCUUACUCACCAACUAAAUUAAAAAUUUAACACAAUAGGUCCUUUGCCGUUUUUCUAUUGGAGCAAUAUUUCUUUUAGAAAACAUUGUUUACGGACAUGAAAACCAAUGAAACCUGUAACGAUUGGCACGGCCCGUGACACGCUGUCAAUAUUUGCUAUUUUUUUUAUAUAAUUUUGUUUCAGGUUUUUUACAAUUAUUUUGCAAACCCCUUGAAAAAUCAAAAAAAUGAAUGCUUAAAUGCAUCAAUUAGAUAAAAUUUCCUUUCAGAAAAUGUUCUACAAAUGAUACAUCGGAACAAGUUUUCCUUUCGAAGAGUUGUUUACAAACGAAAAUAACACACAUCAUAGUAAAACUAAUACGCUACGUUCCAAAUGUAAAAUUAUGAAAAAUAUUCGACUAGGAAUGAAUGUUUCGUAAUAAUAUUUUUCGCCCAUGUCGGUUAUAGUUUUGCAAAAUCAAAUCUGAUAAGUUUUUCUAAUAAUAUAUUGAAUGUACAUUGUUUUACAGAGUCCUCAAAGUCAAAAAAAAAUAUUUUUUUCAAUAACAUUACUCAGAUAAAGGCAAAAGAUAAUUGAAUUUCAAUAUGAAUAUUCCCUAGCUUAUGCAGAAGGAGGGAGAUUUUUUAUCUUUUUAUAGGUCCCACCAAAUUAAGUAAAGGCGAUGCAUGGUAAGACUAUGUGCAUUUUGAGGUUUAAAACCCAUCCCCAAUCAUUUUUAUGUCCAUAUUACAUUUUUUUUUUUUUUUGAGAAAAUUCCGGGAUUUAAAUACUCCUACUGCCUUUAAUGUAACAAAACUCUGGGAAUCAUAACUAUUUUGAAUAAACUAUUAUAAAAAAAAAAAAAUUAUACAUAAUAUAUUAUAAUGACGAUAAGUCGAGUUCGAGAAAACUCGGGUAAAUGGAAGUCUGCUGCUCCCGAAUGUUUUUUCACACCCGUGUAACCAAAAGAGAUCAAAAGUGUAAUGAAAAAAAAUUAUUUUGACUGCAGUUCUUAAUAUUAUAUUGUUCACGUUGUAAAGUAAUUAGUCACCGUUUACACCCGGGUAUCGAUUUUGUAUUUUUUUUUUUUAGAACCAUAAAUACUUCAUAAGCAGACAAGAGUGCUGCGGCGGUGUUUAGAGUGAAAAUGCAUUAAAAAUAAUUAAUAAUACGCUUGAUAUAUGAAUGAGGUCUAAAAAACUAACAACGUUGGAGUUUUCACGAGCGUGCAAAUCAAAAGACCCGCGGAACUUUGUCGAGAAGUGUUGGCAACACUUGGCAUUUUUGAUCGCAAUUCUCUCUCUCUCUUUCUCUCUCUCUCUCUCUCUCUCUCUCUAUUAAUAUACUUUUACAUAUACAAUACAAUGUGUCUUAAUAUAAAUAUCAACGGUCCCGAAAAAUUACACAGACUGAAAGGGGGGGGGGGGGGGGUUAAUCAUUUAUAAGAACGGGUAAAUUGUGUUUUACUUACGUGUAAAAAAUCGAUAUCUCCGUGGUAGGUAUACAUUAUAUACCUACACACCUACCAGGUGUGGGGAUUGCAGACGUUGUUGGACGUUUAAAAUCAAUAAAGUUUGAUAAAAUUCCUUAUAAUGUAAUCGUAGUAUAAUAUUAAUAAUAGCAAUAGUGUCUGUUUGUCUGCCUGUGCGCAAUCUACAGUCGAAUCUAUCGCACACAGAGGUCAGAUGUAAAAAAUAUACAUACAAAAUUACACGGACGGGACCAACCGUGUGCCACGCAAACGGACUUCGACUCCGACACGGCGGUAUUCGAAAUUUUCGGAAGGAAAAUUUAAAAAAAAAAACCAGUUAUAUGAACCUACUCCGCCAGUCCUAUAUUUUGUAAUGUCUUUUUGAUACGCAUACAAUGCUUUAAUCGUGCCGUUGCUUAUAAAAUGUAAAAUGCAAAGGAUAACCGUACCACUGCCAAUGGCCGUCACUAUUAUAGGGGUUCAACCGUCUGAGAUGUGAGAGUGGAGACACUGGAGAUUUUUACCAAAAUUAAUAAUCAAAAAUUGUUCAUUGUUAUCGUGGCUAAAUAAACAGUUAUGUUAGCAAAAUAAACAAUAAGCGUCGAAAUUGACGUCACGCGGCGCACAUAAUAAUACUAUAAUUAUGCAUUAAGCAUUUCAUGAAAAAAUUAACUAUGGCCGUAGUUUAGUAUCAAUGGCCACUGUAACGAAAACAAAACUAGUAUUUGAAUAUUGAAAUGUAAACAGGAAUAAAAGCGACCCAAGCGAACGGAAAAAGUUCUAAAAAAUCAGUCUAAUUAAAAAUGUUUGCAUUCCUACUGAAAAACCGAAAUGACGCACCCGUGCUCCACCGGCGUCGACGGAGCCGAAAGUAAUACGCAAUCCAACGGUGCUGCACUAAGUAACCGGUUACUGUGUAGACUAUAUUACAGUGUUCCUCACGACAACUUUCAUUCGUAUAAUUGUCUGUGUUACGUCAUGUGUCACCCCAUCUUCGCGGGUUGAAUUCCGUGGGAAAAGUACUGCAUGUUACGCCUGGUCUUAAACAUUUGUGCAAAACUUCAACUCGAACCGUCACAAACUACCGGUUUAACGUGAAGCGGUAACAUUCGUCCAAACAGACUUCCUUCGCAUUUCUAAUAUUAAUAAAAUUCGUUGUUCGCGGGCGAAGAAAUAGUUAAAAAAAAAAAAAAAAUUACCGGCCAUCGGUGGUCAGUGACGGGAACAGAGGGCGGAAAUAGCCGGAGUCACGAGUAUACGGGUCUUUAUUUUUCGAAUUUUUUUUUUUUUUCAUUCAAUAUACUGUGCACGAGCAAGACAGCAAGUAAUAUAAUAAUAAUAAGUAUGUUAGGUUAGGUUAGGGUGUGUCGACCGCUAUCGGUAGACUCGCGUAUUAUAUUCUACGCACGUUCGUACGGGAAUCUUAUUUAGAAUACGGAUUAGAAACACGAUACGAAAACGUUGUAUUAUGAAAAAAAAAAAAACUGCAAUUUGACAAAAAAUAAAUAUAACAAUAAUUUUAGAAUUUGUGAUUUUGCAAUAGUGUUAAAUAUUGCGGACGUAUAUUUCGAACGGUAUUUACCCGUGUCCCCGUAUCUAGUUUGUAAAAAUAAUUGCGAAUUAUCUUAAAUAGUUGUCUAGAAGUUUUUUCGUUCUUUUCGUAAUCAAUUUUAUUGCAGUCGAUGCAUAAUAUAUUAUUAGUAAAUGUGUAUUUGAACGAAACAAAAACAAAAAAAAUCGAUAAAUUCGAUACGUAUUUUUAUACGGCGGGACUUGUUAUUUGUCGCUGGGUACCGGCAACGGAGGAAAAGAGGGGAAGGGGUAUGACAACCGUAUUUGAAACAAAACAAAAGGGGAAAAAAACUGUAAUAAAAUAUUUGCAACUUUUUUCUAUGAAAUAUUUAUCCGAUUUAAAAAAAAAAUAAAAGGCAAGAAAAGAAAACUUACUGGCAUAUUUUUGACAGCUAUACAAUCGAUGGAUGUAAACUCGAAUAAAAAGAAUUAUAUUUUAACCUCAUAUAGUUUUUUUCCGAAAAAAAAAUGACAUACGGUAAAUUUAUACCGACAUUUUGUACGAUAAAUAAUCAAAACGGACUUAUUGAUUGAUGACUCUAUUGUUACAAAAUUACAUAAAACUAAUCAAAAAUAGCCUAUAUAGUAUUACAGUGUGAUAAGAAUAAUAUCAGCUAUCCGUUUACGGUUAGCCGAUUGAAUGAAAUACGAUGUUCUAUAUACGUGAAAUAUCAUAAAAUUAUCAGUGUAUCUUGUCAUCUGCACAUCGGACCAGGUACUAACUUAAAAAAUGCACCUGCCUAAAGUAGAUCUUAAAACUAGAAUCAGAUUCGUCAAUAAACUAACAGGCCCUUCACGGGAAACUGCAACAAACUUCCUUUGAACAUAUUUUAUAGCCUUGUCAUUAUCGGUCACAGAGUGCUGUGUGGGAAGGAGUCGCUUACACCUAGGUGAUAAAUAUCAAACUUAAAUAUACCAUGUGCACAAUAUCUGGUACAGUCUUGAGUACAAACAACCACUGACUGUCUUAUUUGGUCAUUAUAAUACGCUCACAUAAUAGUAGACAAAACAGCAUGCAAAUAGUAAAAGGAAUAAUCAAUAGACACCAGAAACUGUCAUUUAUCGAAGAAGGUAUAGCAAACUCAAGGCUCUAAUACAGAAACCGUUCCUUCAAAGAUCUCUGACCAUCACUGAAACGAGAAAGAUUACUCCAAAUACGUGGCAGGAUGAGACCAGAAGUCAUCCACGUAUAAAACGAGUGCACUUCAGUUCUAGGCAUGGACCUCUCUGAAAAAAUCUGGAUCAGACUCAAUCGCACUAAUACGAGACACGGGAGAUGUUGCGAAAUAAUGUACAAAUGGAAAUUUAGAGGGAGUCUAGAGUACGAGUGUGGUGCAACUGUGCAAUCGAUGCAAUAACCUAAUUACUUACACCUAAUUUCUGGCUGUUAUUUUAAGAGAAACAAUGGUGAUUUGGAGGAACUCGCCAAAGUAACGCCUGAAGUACCAUUUUAUUAAAUGUUCAAAAUCGUAUGUAGGCAUUUUAAUGAAAGUAAAAUGAGUUUGUCUGAUAUAUUUUAUUGGCUGUGAAAAUCAAUUUUAAUCGUACGAAAAAUGGUAAUUAUGGCGCAUUUGUUAAUUACCGAGGUACAGCACGAAAAAAAAAAAAUAAUAAUAAUAAUAAUAAAUUUGUGAAAUAAGUAUUUACUCUGUAAAAAAAACGAAUUAAAAAGAUAAGGAUAUUUCGGUUUAAUCUAUACGAACACUAAAAGAUCUUUUGCCUUUUAUUUUUUAAUAAGUCGUCAGGUAUUUAGAUUAUCGUUUAAAUGAAUUUAUCUAAAUGUAUUCCAACGCUAAUGCUAAAAUUAUUUUGAUCAAUUUCCAUUGAUUAAAAUAACUGUAAACCACGGGUGUAAAAUAAAUUACAGGUAGUUAUAAUAGAAAUUGACAGGUUGAUACGAUAUAUUUGAUAUAAAUCCUGCGAAGAACUCGAGACCUACACGCAACACAGUGAAAUCGAGGUAUGCACAGUAAUCAAAACGUAUAUACGAGUAUUUGAUAAUGGGGUAGACGGAUCCCUGGAUAUUGUAUUCUUUAAUGUAAAUACGUUCGAGUAUAAUGCAGAACGGUAACAGCUGUUGAUGGAGAAAAUAUUAUAGUAUGACGAAAGUAAAGAACGGGCAAGAGGAAAAAGUGACGAAUCAAAAUAUUGUACAGUAUAAAAUUACAACGCCGAGACUUACUCUCUGCGGAAAUGGACCACGAAAAAUAAACAGUCUUACAUUGUUAAAAUAGCCGAAUGUUCGGGCCGUGGUUGGAGAUUAGAUCAAACUAUAUUAAUACUGUAGACGUUUUUGUAAAACCAAUGGACGACCGACAAAAAUUUAUUAACGAUCAUAUUAUCCGCUACCGGUAGAUAAAUUCAGCAGAUAUGAAUUCAGUGUUGUGUUUCAUCUAUACAAUAUUUUUUCUUAUAUUUAGAUAAAACAUUCGAAUUACCUAAAAUGUAUGAAUAUUUUAUGAGAAAUAAGAUAAAUAUUUAAUUUAUAUUGAUAUGGAUUUAUUAAUAAUUAUUAUAAGGGUGCAUCAAUCGCACGACCUUUAUGAAAUCUAAACGUGUGGGUGUCAAAUCUGUAACAUUUUUACUACUUUUGACAUCCAUAGUGUUAUGAUAAUUAUAAAUGAAUAAAAUUCAUAAAAAAAAAAUACCGGAUGUCUUCGAAAUAAAAGUUCUGAGAAGAAUUAUUAGGCUAUACAAGGAUGAUCAUACCGGUGCACAGUGGAGAAAGAGACAUAUCCAAGAAUUCCAGGACGUCUUUCAACGCCCAAAAGUAACGAAAGAAAUUUCAAUAAAAAUACUAAAAUGAGCGGAGCAUGCGGGAAAAAGGAAUCAAGAGUCAAUAAUAAUAAGGUCCGUUAUUUAAAACAACUCGGUAGAAAAGCGGUUUCUCAGAAGAUCUUGUUUAAUGUGGGAGGACUGUGCGGUUAGAGACAUAUGAAUAGUCCUAAAACCCAGUGGAAAAAAAUAUUAAAAGACAAUGAUAGGUGAAAGUAUAAUUAUGUACCUAUGUUUGACGGACUAACCUUCAAAGCAGUUACUCCCGAAAAAAAAAAAAAAACAAAAUUAAUGAAAUCAUCUUUUUUUAUCAACAGUUUAAAAAGUUGUAUGUAUUUUUAUCUUCAUAUGCACGAUAAUUAUUCUAGCAAUUUUUAUAUCAUACAUCUUUAUGUAGAUAUUUUGUAGAUAUAUUAAAACUUAACUUUAUGCAACACUGUUUAUAAUAAUCACUUACGUGCCGAGUAUUUUCGCGUAUUCGGAAAAGUGCGUGAACAGCGCAGAAACGCGUAUAGUUCCCCCGUUUUCUAAUGAUACUUUGAAUGUCGUUUUUGAUUUCGUUCUACGGCGUAUCUCGCAUGUUCGCACUUCAAACGUUUUAGGCGGUCCGAAUCGGGUAUAAUUCAUAUACACUAAUAUAUGCAGUCCUCGAGUCUCCUUCUAUGGUCUCCUAUAUACGAAAUGUACAAUAUAUUAUUAACUUCGUUAAAAUCGUAACGCCCGACCGGCGCGGCCGAGACGAGCUAUCCUCAGCGCAUACAACGGCUGAUGCGACACACACACACAUAUUAUAUUCAGUAAAAUGUAUCUUUUCUCCAAACUGAAUUCCGUAUUAUAACAAUGUGCGCCGCUCGACAUUUCUCGUGUCGCAAAACAGGAGUCGAAAAAUAAAUACAAAGUGUUUUUUUGAUUUGUAUUUUAUUGAUUUAUAUUUUUUCCCGUAUAGGUACACCAAUAACAUUCACGUCGCCCACCCCGUCACAAAGUCCAAUAAUAUAGUAUCCGCCGUCCGGCAGAAAAUAUUAUUACUGACAGACGACCCGAUGUUUUGUUCUACAUCGUCAUCGUAUCUUACAUAGUUCAGCCUCAACUGGCAUGUACACAGAACGAUAAAUUUAUCACGAACCGGUGAUUUUCUCGAAGGAUUUAAUGUGAAUUAGAUUUCUAUUUUUUUCUUUUUCGAUCAUUUUAGAACCGUUUAGGUUUUACACUGCCGUAAAGAGUUUAGACAAACAUUCUGUGUUCAAAUCUGUAAUACCAGCAGACGAAAGGGGUCCAGUUCGAAAAUCAAAAGUGUAUACUCAUUUUAGGUAUAUUAUUGAGUAGAGGUAAAGUAACGGCCGAUUGUUCUUUUAUUAUUACUGCUCCAAGAACCGAAAAUCCGGUAUAUCGGUAUCGAGAACCCGAGGAAUAAUUUUCGGAACCAGACAAGAACCGGUACCGCUGUUUGUUAGGAACCGGCUCAUCUCUACAGUCUUAACGCAUUUAAACUACGAUAUUAUAUUCCAAUCAAAGGCGUUAUAGUUGUUGCAAUUCGUACGCAUAAUCGAUGUUACGAAGUCCCGUUUGUAAUUACUUUGUGUUUGCGUACGGUUUAUGGGUGUACCUAAUACGCAAACGCGGUCUUACCUGAUGGUUAGAAAAAAAAAAAAAAAUACCCGUACAUACCGAUGGGUCGCGCCUACACUUGAUAAUAUUACAAUCGUCGCGUUUUGUAUUACAUUAUAACUAGGACAAACGAUAUGAUAAAUUCGAAUGUUAUGCGUUUGUAUUACAUAUUAUUACGGACGAUAAUAAUUAUUAUUGUACACUGCUGCAAUAAUGUUUCAAAUAGGUCGUUCAAAUAAUAUCGUCCAUAAUUGUUCCGAACUGUUAUCGUCUUGACGCGAUAACUUCAUCCUUACAAAUUAUGAUAUAUGUUUACAGUGCAUUAAAUUUUAUCGCAACUAUAUAAAAUAAGUUUUUAAGUAUCGCCGUUGAAGUAUUUAAGUUUUAUAAUCGUAAAUAGCGGUUUUUUCUCUCUCUCGAACUUGAUGAUGUUAAUAUUAUUACUGUUAUGCGCGUAUUUAAAAAAAAAAUGUACAGGCACGAAAUCUCGGUUAUUACGAUAACGACAAUAUGCAUCGCGUGUAUUAUUCACGAUUUUUCUUUGUUUUUUAUUUAGUUUUACAGGACGUAAAUGUAUUGUAAUUAAACAAUCGGUAUUUAGUAGAAGAUACAUCAAAAUAAUCGUAUUAUCUAGAAAAAAGAUAUAUUCUUAACUAGGGACUAGUUAUCAAGAUGGAAAACAAUUUUGUUAAUUACCCAUGAUAAAACUAAAUGUUGAAAGUGGGGGUGGUGAAAUUGUACAUGCAUACUAGGUUUGAUAUAGUUACAAAUUGUAAGUUUUCAUAAUCGUUGUGUGAUUGAUGUAACUUAAUAAUAAGUUAACUCAUUGAACCAUAAUAUGAAUAUAAAUUAAAUAUUGCAUCAAUUCUUUCUAAUGGAUAAAUAAAUUAGUGUUGAAAAAAAAAAAAUGUUUCUAGAUCAACGGUUCUCAAACUGUGGUUCACGUACCACAAGUUAUUACGCGAUAGAUCGCAUGGUAGUAGUACGGAAAAUAAAUUAAAAAAUAUUCGUAUACUAAUGUUUUUAUCUAACGGAUUUAAUACUAUAUUUUAUUUAUUAAUAUUAUAAUGUAAUAUUUUGUUGUCUUAUACUCGUAUCUUAUUGAAAUGCAAAGAAAUUAUAAAUAGUUCAAUUUUUAGUCGUAAUUGGUACACGGAAAUAAAGUUUGAGAACCUCUGGUCUAGAUGGUCCAGUUAUUUUUCAUAAACAGCUUUUUUUUCUAAUUUAUCCGAAUAGAUAGGAUAAAAGAUAAAAACAAAAGACUGCCGCCACACGGUCAUACUUAUAUUUAUUUAUUUACCUAUUAAAAAAGAUCUGAUUAGGUAAUAAUAUUAUUAUAAGCUAACAGGGUUUUUUCUGAUUUCCUUAUGCGAGUUAUAGUCAUUGUGGCAAUUAAUUUCCUAAAUACAAAAAAAAAUAACUAAAAUUACAAUUUUAGAAAACGGAUGUUUUGUUAAACGUGCGUAAAAUUUCAAUCAAUUAUCGGGUGACUUAAAGACUUUAAAAGACUAAUAUUAUGUCAAACCAUAUGACGUAAUUGGGCCUGAAACAAUUUUUCUUCAGACGCCAUAUUCAUAAAAAACAAAAAAAAUAUAGCGAGUACAUGGUUAUUGGCUCGACAAAAUCGAUUACUUUUGUUUACGGAAACAAUAUACACGGUACAAAUGCCAAUUAAUCUGACACCGACAAAUGUAUUUGAACAUAAAAGGUCAAAGACGUUUCUUGAAAUAUUCUGUUCGAGUCACUUCAAAAAAAAAAAAAAAGAAAAAAGAAACUCAAUGAUAUGCACAGAAUCUAGUACUAAGUGUAUACUAAUUAAUAUUAGUGAUAGGAAAGAAAAGUACAUUUUACGAAUAUGGUAUUCUAUGCGCGUAAUUCACGAGUCUAAAGUGGAAAAUAGCUUAUAACCAAUAAUAUAAAUUAUUAUUAGUAUUAUAAAUAAUAUUUUUUACGAUGUCACACACAUCUAAAAAUAGCAUUCCGUGAUGAAUAGUUGAUAAAAUAAGUACCUACACCUAUUACAAGUUGUUUUGUCAAUAUUUAAUUAAUAUCGUUUAUUAAUAUUAGAAAAAAUCCUUGUUGCUGAAAAAACGCGCUCGUCGUAUAAGAUUCUAAGCCCAACGAAAAUGUCAAAACAAUAAUUGUCCACGUUAAUAAGGAAACUCGAUAAAUGACCUACUAUCAAUGCACCAACUAGAUCCAAAAUUGGAUAAAGCUAUUCCUAUAAAUUGAUUGAUCGGAGCAAGAUUCCUGGUCUAAUAGCAAUUUAAAGGCACAAAAAGUAAUAAUAAUUUUAAAAAACCACAUCACUCUAAAUCCAAUAAAUUUCUCGCUACUCAAAGGAAUAUAAAAAGUUAAUAUUGCACUGCGAGUUUACGGAGAUAAUUCAAAUAAAAUAAAUAUUAAUGAUGGCUCAUCUAAUUUCCCAAAAUAUAAAUAAUUUUUUUAUUAAAUACAAAUUUUUCAUGAAAAAAUCGAUUAAGAAUAAAUAUACUUGUACAGAUAAUUCAUACCAGUUUUACACAUCCAACUAUGAUGUCAGAAAAUAGGUCUUAUGAUAGAACCGAUUAUUAUUGUUUAUUACAUAUUAUGUAAAUAUAUCUCCUAUAAUAUAUCUUUUCAAUCUUUUAAAUUAAAAUGUAUAAUUUAAUGGAAAGUCAAAUUUAUUUUAAAAAUAAAAUAUAAUAGUUUUCGUUGUGUAAUUUAAAAAUUGUGUUGACUUUCAAUAAACUAAUUUGUUUUGAUUUAUACAUUUACCGGGAGUUUUCUCGGUUUUUUCCAUUUAUAAGAAAAAUUGCCAAAAAAAAAAUCCAAAAAUAACCUCUGUAAUUCACCAACUAGAUCCAAAAUUCAAAAUUUUAAAAAAAGCUCUUUUAUCGUUGACGAUUUUCGGUACAAACAAAUCAUUUAACAUCGGUUAACAUCAAACAAAUCGCACACAUCGUUUUAAAACCAAUACAUUUCACGACGCGCUCAGAAUCCAAAACUUGUGUUUUCUAUCAUAACAUUGUAAUGUGCUCGAACAAAAACGUGGCGGAAUUUUAAUAAAUAUAUUUUAUUGUCGGACGUUCUUUUCUGGGGUGCCCUUUUUUUUUCCUUUUUUAAAUCGCAUUAAAUUCCUCGCCCUAUACUUACCCGCGUAAACCCGCGGUUAUACUCGUUAGCGAUGCAGAUAACACACUAUAAUUUGGAAUAAUAUCAUCCCUCGUGAUGAACACUGUAAUAGUACGAUAUAACUAUACAGUUAACUAGAUUAUAAUAUUAUAUUGUAUAACACAAUACUAUACACAGACACGAUUGGUACCUAAUAAAGUAACUUUUCGCGGAUUCGUUUCUCCGUCGUGUGUGUACAGAAUAAAUUGCGAAUUUCCACCGGUUGUAGAUACUAUUAUAAGUCAUAUGGUACAAUACACACGUAUCGUAGCGAACCACCACACCCGACCACAUGCAACGGAUAAUAAUCGUAUACAAUAUGAAUUCCUACUAGACUCACUGUUUUACGUGCCCUUGUACAUGGGAUGAUUUUUUUUUUUUUUUUAUCUUUAUUUAGCAAUCGGGUGUUGAGUAUACAUUUGGUUAUUGUAGUCAUCGCUGGAUCACGAUUGAAAAACUGUCCUAGGAUAACGGGCACAGAUGCAGCCUCUGUUGUAGGUGGGAAUUUCGGGCAUGUAGGAUAUAGGUAGUCUAUAGAUGGAGAUGUAUUGAUUUAAAUGAUGGGGAUUUUCUGAAAAAAAUUGUCCAACAAAAAAUGUACAGCCAUGUAAUUUUUUUGCGUUAUUCAAAUAGAGGUACCUAGCUUUAGUUCUUUAUAUUUUGUUAUUUGUGAUUAAACUCUCAUUUUAGUCUAAACAACACAAUUUAUGUUCUAAGUAACGCAAUUUUACUAUGUCCUACAUUAUAAUACGUAGACAACACAUGCGGAUAUGACAUCCUCUUAACCAAAAACUUAUAGAUGUACCCACGCCCCCACAUAUUAAUUAAGAUUUAUUCUAUAUAAUUAUAAUAACAAUUGCAAUGCAACUUUGUGUCAUAGUAAACCCACUUUCCGAAACUGCUAAAUUGUAGGAAGUGCAUAUCAAGAAUGUAAUGGCCGUUGCAUUCUACUUUUAUCAGAUGGAUGCGAUUGAUGUAUUGUCAUUUAUAUUCCAGUCUAUCUAUAAGUCAAUAAUGGUAAUUAACCGUUGGUAAAUACUCAAUGGGUGAGUAAAUAUUUUGGAUAUUUACUCGUAGGUUUAUUUAUCCACCCAAAAUGCGGGUAAAUGCUUUUUUUUAUUCCUGGUCUAUACAUAACUUUUCAAUAAAAAAAAAAAAAUAAAGGAAUACUGAUUGUCAUAAAAAAGUUGUAUAGAUAAUAUAAGUAUUUAUUAUAUUUGUUUUUAUGAAUAAAGAUCAAGUUACUGUUUUAUUGUUACCAUAUUUUUCUCUAAAAAAUGGUAUUGAAUUCAAAAUGAAUGAAAUUAACAAACACUUUGUACAUUCUAUUUAUUUACUCUAAUAAAACAAUCUGGAAAAACCAUGAAAAGGUCAGGAAACAAUCAUAAUGGAGUUACAACAUUUCAAUGACCGUUAUAAGCCGUCAUGUAUGAGGGACAUACAACUACAAUACAUAUUUUCCGAGUCCAUAAUAUAAUAAUACUUGUAAAAUACAAUACAUAAUUGGAUGAGCGUUGAAAACUUGAAAAAUUCAUACCGAAAAUAUUAUCGUAUACGACAACGCGUAUACAUAAUUUAACGUUUUUAAAUGCAUACCUAUAAUAAUAUUAUAUUUGCAAACAAAACUACCUACGUCUGAAAUGCAUGUCACGAAAGUACAGUGCAAGUGCGUGCAACACUAUACCUAACAUUUUCGUAUAAUGAAUUUGUUAUCACACUCUGAAUGAUGCGUUUUGCAAUACGCACCUGCAGGCGAAUUUUCGACUGGCAUCAUUCAAUCAAUGUGCAUUUUGAUUUUUCUGUUCCCACGGAUGUUCGUUGUAUUUCUUCGAAUUUGAAUUUAGACUUACAGAAAGUCUGAACACAGUCUUAAAAACAAAUUCCACAAUCAAACGUAUAAAACAAAUGCAUAACGGUGUAGUUUAUAACUUGUGGUUUUCGGAGUUAAACAAUGCGUUUGAUUUAAAAAAAAAAAAAAACAAAAGCAAAAUCAUUUUUUAAAUGUUUAAUCGUAAAUCGUUUAACUCUACCGAAUAUAAAGUGCCUGGAUUUUUUAGAUUCCUCCGAGAGUAUCGACUACCGAAGAAUGUUGUAUUGGUUUUACUAUGCAUGUUUUUUAGAAUAUUUUGAACACCAAAAAUCCUGCUUUACAAAGAAAAAAACAAUAUUAAGCAAUUGGAUUUUAUUUAAACAUAUUCGUUCGUUGAAUGUGUUUUAAACUUGUUUGAAGUUAGUAUUAAUUAUUUUUACAUGUAUUCAAUUAAUAUUUAGAUGUUUGUACAACAAUAACGAUCGGUAAAAUUUGUGUUGCUGGCUAAAAAUCCGCUAUUACAAAAAAUAAAAACAAAAUAAAUGUUACCAAGGCAACUGGAUUUUGUUUUGAUACACUCAGAUAGGUUUAUUGGACGUUAUACACGACAAAGGUUAAAAAGUUGUUUCGAUGGUUUCAUUUAAUUUUAUAUUAUUGUAAUGCUGAGUGUAUACCUGGCACUAUACGUCUAUACGUAUUUAAAGUGGUUUAUGCCAUGAAACUCUUGCAUAAUAAAUUCUAACAAUAUCGAACAUAGCUCCGUAGAUAUUUUUAAAUAUCAAUUAAUAUAAUUAAACCGAGAUAUAAUAGAGAAAUGUAUUUUUUAUAUUUAGGCAAACAAGAGGCUUUAAUAGAAAUCGUACAACAAGAACCUUUCGUACGUCUUUUCAUAUAAAUGCAAAAGUUAAUCUCAUUAAGUCUUCUGGUGCUUCAAAUUUUUAAAUGAACAAUUAUGAACAUUUGUUAGAAGCCAGUAAUGAAGUUUUACCAGACUCAAUUUUAUCUUGCAAUAAUUUAUCUAAUACCGACACAAUUUUUUCAGAAAUAUCAUCACCAUCUGAAAUUGACAUUUCCAAAAAAGAUGACUUUCAGAUUUUAUUAUAAAAUUAUUCUGUUUCUUAUUUUGCAACUUAUUUAGGUUUUUUAUGUUUUCGUGAAUUUGAAUCUAUCGGCUGUACAGUUAAAUUAUUAAAACCUAAGAAAUCCUUUUUUUUAUGACAAAGAAUCUAAAGAUCCUGAUUUUAUACAUUUUUUGAAAAAAUCAAUAGAAAUAUUCAAAGAGUUUGUAAAACAUGCACAAAAAAUAAUAACAACUUAUACAUCACAAAAUCUAGAAACAACAAACUGAUGUAUAAUUUUGAACAAAACAAUUAAACUUCAAUAGAUUUUUGACUCAUAUUUUGAUUUUAUAACAUUCAAACUAAUGUCAUUCAAGUUAUUUUAAAACUUAAAAAUUACAUCAACAAAUAGGUAUGAAAAACCGUAUAAAUUCAAAAUCAUAAAAUAAAUUCAAUUAUUUAUAUGAAAUUCGGUCAAACGUUCAAAUGAUUUUAUAUUGUCAUUUAUUUGAUAUUAUUAUACCACAUUAUUAAGGUUUCGGAGUGUAGUAAGAGAUCUAUUGGUUUUACUAUGAUUCCUAUGUGUUUUUUUUUUCUGUCUGUAAACACUGUUCUAUAAGAAAUCUUGCUCCGAAUUAUCAAAUGUAGCACCUUUUCUGAAAGUUAGUUUUCUAUAGUUGCGCAUUAUUUAUUUGAUUUCCAAGGAGUUUUAAAAAUAAUAGUGAAAAACCAAAAAUUUAAAAUUUAGUAAUAUUUACAAGCAAUUGGCGUCCCGGUUUAAUUAGUUUAAUUAUUCAUUAAUUUAAUUUAAUUAUUCAUUAUAUUAUAUAAUAUUCCUCCAUUCGAAAAAUAGCAAGGGAUCGAUUUUGUUUUAAUAAAAUGUUGAAAUUAAAUAACUUUAUGUAUCACAUCUACAGCAAUGGCAUACCCGUGUUCCAGUAUCAGCUAUUAUUUUGUCUUAUAUAUAAUUCUGGAUACGUGUUUAAAGCACAAAAAAUCUUUAAAGUUUAGUAACUCGUAACAUUUUUCAAACAAACUCUGACAACUAUCUAACAACUCAAAGUAGGGUUUAUUCGAGUGUUUUUGAAAUUCCGUACUAUUUGUCUACUGCCAGCUUCCCGUAGGUGAAAAUUUGAUAGUUUUAUCCUUGGUCAUCGCUCAUAAAAAAAAAAAAAAAAAAAAUCGUAAUUAAUUAUUCAUGUUAAAAAAUGUUAAUUGCAUUAAAUUCAAACACGCAUAAUUGCAUAUUGUGUAACCAUAAUUACACUGCCGCUGUAAACAAAAUAAUUUAAUUUGAACUUUAAUAUUGUAUAGAUUUAGAGUUACAUAGGGGUUUUAAGGAAACAAAAAAAAAAAAAAAUGUCAUAAAUCUCUAAACUCUGGAAAACUAUGGCGUAUAAUAUAUAAUAUACAGGAUGACUAAUGAGCCAUCUCAUAUAUUAAUUACGAGCUCGACGAAUUAUUUAUGAAUAUUUUAUGUGAAUUCAAAUCGUAUCGUGGGUACUGAAGAAAAAUCCGUACUUUAAAUAUUAUUAUAUAUUAUAUAUAACGUUAUAUAUUAUCUGCACCAAGUUUUGUAUUACCAAUUGUAAAUGAAGUAAUAUUUUAUGUUUCAUUAACAACUUCUUACAUUAUGUCGAAAUUAUUUUAUUUUAAAUUUAAAUCUGAUUUUUAAAAUUUAUUACUAAAGUUUUUAACGAUUUCAUACAUCUUUUGUAUUAUAAUAUUAGAGCAGUUUCAAUAAUUUAAUACGUAACUUCAACGGGAGAUUGAAACUAUUUCAAUUUAAAAAAAAAACCAACAUUUUAGAAAUUUGUUUACUGCAGGUAAGAGGGGUAGGUAUAUCUAAGGAUAGUGUAAAACUAUAAACGUGUUCCGGAAUGCAAAUUAUUGCGUAUCUUUUAUGCGACAAAAAAAGACUGACAGAAAAAGACAUAGGCAAAUAAAGACAAAGACAAAAAAUAUCAGUGAUUACUAAAUUUAAAAAAUUUUACUUAUUAUUCCAUAUAUAACUUACAUACUGUAUGCGUGAAUUAAAAUAAAUAAAAAAAAUAAAAAACAAAUAGCAUUUAUGACACAAAUAAUUCUUCAUGAGUUCGUGCAUUUUGAUGCCCUGCACUUAAUAUAAUAUGCAAAAUAUAAUUCCGUCUUUAAUUUAUAAACAACACAAUACAAAUUUUGACAUAUCCAUUUUUCUAUUUAACCACAGUAAAAAUAACAUAAUACUUCAUGAAACUUACCACCCUGCUUACAUGUGUUUAUUUUUUUUCCCGCAGCUUGUAUCGCGGUAUCAUCUAGACAAAAUUAUCUCAAACUCGGCAAUUACAGUCGUUUCAAAGCUUGACAUAAAUUGUGUUGAAUUUCAAUAUGAAUUUCACAAUAUUGCCGAACGAGAAAUGCUAUUUUUUAGAUUUGUACACCCCUUUCAGACUUCCCAAAUGAAGCCAAGGGGACGCAUGGUGGUUAUAUCGAGAAUCUGCCUUUUGGGAGUUUUAACUUUUUACCCCCGUCCUUACAAUUUUUCGCGCUCAAAUAUCAUUUUUUUUUUUUUUUUUUUUAUGUAGCACAAUUGUAAAAUUAUAAUUUAAUAUAGUAGAUUUUCUAUUGUUAUUUUUAUUCUGUUAUUUAUCGUUUUGUAAAGAAUAUUCUAUAAUCAAAAUAGCUGUGGAGAAUUUCUGCAGUAGUGCGGAGAGCUCACGGACGUUUUUUUCUUUUAUGAGUUUCCAACAAACUCUAUCUCUAAAAAGAGAUAGAAAGAGAUCUAACACCGUUGGAAAACGGUGUCGUUCCCGCGGUGACAUAUUAUUCUAUAUAUAUAUAUAUAUAUAUAUAUAGUAUAUAUACUAUAUAUAUAUAUAUAUAUAGUAUAUAUACUAUAUAUAUUUAUAUAGACGGGACGCAGUGUGCAGGGACACGCAGUCCAUUUCUUCUUUAUUAUUAUCGGUCUAUAAUGAUAUCAGAUACGUACACGUGUCGUACUAGCAGCACGUAUAAAAGAAACAAAAACGAAUCGAUACGGGCCGUGGAAAAAAAAAAAAAUAAUAUAUAUAUAUUAAUAACAAUAACACCACUGUCAGACAAAAGUCUUUUCUUUCUUUUUCUCCCCUCAUCACGCUUACCGGUAUCUAUAAUAUAACGGCGUACAUAUAUAUGUAUAUAUACCGCAAAAAAGAAACGAUAUUAUAUUAUAAUAUAAUGUCAUCUAUCAUCGAAUAUUAUCGGGUGUGCAAAACUAUAAUACAUAGGGUACAACUAUACCGGGUGGUUUUUAUUUCUAUCGUGAUAUAGCGAUUACUUGCAAACAUUUUGAGUACAAUUUAUUUGGGAGAUUUUUUUUUGCGGGCGUUUCAGAAUAACGGUUUAAUAAUAAUCUUAUUUACAAUAUAUUUUCAAAUUGUCACCCGUACCAGUACACAUAUAGAAUUUUGAUUAACAAAUAAGUACCCCUUACUCUAGUUCGAUAUUUAUAACACUCAUAUUGGAUUUAAUAUUUAUUAAUCAUAAUAAUUUAAACUUAGGUAACACCCGAAGGGGCAUAAUUUAUUUUGUAAAUGGUAUAUACAACCAUAAAUCAUUGCUGACAAAACACGAUUCUGAGCGGAGAAAAGUUGUUUUUUCCUUUGUUACCAAUUUAACCUAGAAUUCAAGAAAUAUUAAACAAUAACCAAUCAAUGAUAUAGACCCUUGAUAGCAGUUCGUCCUCUAAAUUCUAAGUGGUGAUAUGAUGAAAAUGCCUACAAAUAUUUCAAGUUAAGCAACACCGGGCAAACAUUUUACAUAUGUUUAGGUACUACGUGAAAAUAUUAGUACUUUCAGUUAUCCCAAAAACUGUUUUCAAAAAAACAAAAUAAAACAUAAUAGGAAAUUUUCGGAAAAAAAUAUUUGAAACGUCGAGCGAUUAUUCGAAUUACAUAAAAUACCUAUGUCCAACAAAUCUAACACGAAAAUUCGGAGCUUUUUAAUAUUAACCAUAGUAUAAUGUUUUUUGAAGAAUAAUAUCACAUAUUUGUAAAACAAUUAUAGUUAAAAACUAUGACAAUAUUAUAAAACAAUUAUACAUUGUAUUAUGAUACAGUUACAAUUGUAAUUUUGUGGUAUAAUUAUAGUUUCUUCGUUAUACUCAGUAUCUAUAAGAGGAUGUGUACUUUAUUACCCUAAGCAUUAUUUGUUUGAAUCUGUAUUAAAAAAAAUGGGGGCAAAGCAAUUUGAAAAAAAAGAUGUAAAUACCUACUUAUUUACGAUGUAUCUGAUUAUCAUAUUGUGUAGAGGUCAAAAUUUGAAAACACAAUGCCAAAUCCGAAAUCGAAUCAACUAAAAAUCCUCUUAGUAUAGAAAACCGCUGGAUCGUGAUGAAAAAAAAAAUCAAAUCAAAUCACUGCGUGUAUAAAAUUAUUAUUAUUUCGCUUUGACGUUUUCGAUUAAACGAACUAGGGGGAUAGGGGGGGGUAUAUCGUAGAUAUAUUAUUGAAUUGUGUAUUAGCUAAGUAAGUAGGUACCUAUAUGAUAUAAUAUUACAGUACACGUAUAAGAGAUCAGCGGCGGGAGAAGAAGGGAAUAAGCAGCGGGGAAACCUGGCGCGGUGUUUUUCCUUCUUUUCCCCGUCGUCGGGGAUUCAUUAAACGAAUUUAAUUACCGGAAUGAAUGGUAACGGGUUGCGACGCGAGGAGUUUUUCGGACCGCGGUGUGUAAAACGACGGGCGCAGGGUAGGCGAGCAGAUACGCCGCGGGCGGGGCGGGGCGAGCGGUGGCGUUGAUCUUCUCUUAAUGUGUUUUUAAUUAAUUGGGGCCGAAAGAGAAUCUCUGCCACCGCCGUUUUCCGCGACUACGCCGUGCGACAUUUUGCGGAUUUUCGUAAUAAUAUAAGGUGCGUAUAGCCCCUAUAAAAGAAAGAAAUAAUAAUAAUAACGCCUUUUAUGUGUUUAUAACAAUAACAACAACACCUGUGCGCCGAGUCGCCGUAUUAGUCCGUCCGGCACCUCGCCACGGGCGCCUGCAGUGGGUGCCACUAUCCAUAUCCGCGCCGUACCCAUGCCGCUAUUGUUACCGUUAUUUCCGCGCCGCAGCCUUUGCGCGUUUCGACGCCCGCGACGGCAUUAUUUUAUAUAAUCGAGAAACAACGGCCGGACGCCAUACAAACGCCGGUAAACAUUAUACGUGUAUACCUAAAGUCGUAUACCGCCGCCGAGCCGUUGAUCUUACGACGGGGCCUUUGUGUGUUCGCAAUAAUAUUGUUAUUAAUAUCAAAGACGGUAAUAAUACCGCGAUAUAUAUGUUUAUGUAAGUAAUAUUAUUAUUUAUUAUUAACUUAACCGCGGGGAGAUGGAGGGGGGGGGGCACCGGUCUCGAAAUCUCCGACAAAACGACACGAUAAUAUGCAUAGUAGGUACACGAGCGUUUUAAACGAAAUCGUUCCGAAAAUGAUUGGUAUACCAACGCGAAUUAUACAGCCCGUUCGCGUAGUUGGGCGACACGCGUUCGGGUGAAUCGCCUUAUUUGCCGUACAAUAAAUACAGUGUAUUCGGACGAGUUACCCAUAAUGUGUUUAAGUGAAUUGCUAAUAACGUGUUUGGACGAUUAUGACAAGUCCUGCAACGUGUAAAAUAUAAAAGGUGAUAUUAUAUUUUAAACGACAUUUACUAAAAAGACGGACAUACUUCGCACGUGGAUGGGCCACUGUUGUAGGUGAGAAGUUGGGAAGCAAGUAGCGGGGAAAUUUAACGUAUAUCAGUACGCAACGAUAAACCAUCACUAACGAAAAAACGAUUCCGAGCCGGGUACGGUUGAUAGUGUUGUUUUGUCAAAAAUAUAAUGUAAUGUGUCAUAUUGUGGUCAAAUAAUUACAUUAACAUUAAACAUUUUCUUGAAUAGCAUUUGUUUUCUCUAUAUGUCUCCGUGUUUUCUCAUUGAUUGAGAAAACUUCUUGGUAAAUCAUAAAACGACCUGCUAAAGGUACAACACCUAGUCAGAUUUCCUUUCGGAAAAAGUGCUAUACUUUUAAAACAGAACAAGAUUUUUGGUACAAAAGUUGUUCACAGAUAAAAAAAAUAAAAAAAUAAACAUCGUUUUAAAACACUAAUACAUUCCUCGUACCACUUAGAGUCUAUAAUGUCAUAGAAUACAUGCAUAUUAUAAUAUUUCACUAUUGGUUUUUUUCUGUAUCGACAAUCAGAUAAGCAGAAAAUCAGAUAGCAAUGCUUGUGAUUUCCUUGCAAGUAAUAUUAUUAUAACGACUUAAACUUAAUAAUUAUAGUUUUUCCAUUUAUCGGGUUUACUCGAACAUUGAUAACGCGAACUCGUUAUAGUGUUUUAAUUGUUAGUAUUUAGCACAAGUUCGUAGUUAUUAAUUAUUGCCAACCGUGACCAAAUAUAGAUUAUAAAAUUGACAACGCUUUUACUACAAUACGAAAUAAACUACGCAUACUCAACAAACAAUCCCAAAUAUGUCAAAAUGAAAGGGACAAUGGAUUUUUAUAAGUUCCCCCCUCACAUUACAAUGUUUUAAAAUCACUCGUCCAAACGCAUUGUGGAAAAUUGCCCAAACGCAAUGCGAUUUUUACAAACUCACCCAAACGCAAACGCUCGGGAUUUGAAUACGCUCGGGGAUAAAUUUCAAAUUUGUAUCCCUUUUGGUGCACGCGUGCGCAAUGCAAAUUACUUUUUAUCUAAAUACAAAAUAACGUCUAUUUUCGACGAUAGAUUCGGAUCCGAAUCCAAAAUCAUUCUGCCGAAAAAUUGCACAAAUAUAUUGUUACCCGGAAACGCGAACACACUGUAUACACGCGAUGAUGCACUGGCGAUGAUAAUAUUAUCGAACACGCAAAUUCGAACGAAAUAACGAAUGAAGGUAUAUAUAGUAGCCACGAGGAAUAACGUUUGAAGUUUUAAUUAAAUAUAUCUAUCGUCUUUAUAUUAUGGAGAUUAAUUUCAAACCGAUUUCAGCACCGUAGGUCGUAUAAUAUACGAGUAAAGUGGAUCCGUGUACGACGCGCGUGUAUCUAUAUUUAUGUACGACACAUCAGUCUAAUUUUUAUUAUUAUUAUUUAUAUAAAAAUUCAAAUAAAUAAUUUUAAAAAAAAAAAAAAACAAGAAAAAGAUUUCCCGAGUACCUAGUGUAAAACGUUUGCCGGAGUCAACCGUGUAUCUGCGACAUAGGAGUAAUCUCCACGUCUCCAAAGCCUGUAUAUUUUCAUUGCAAACGAAAAACGAUUCUGAGCAAUAUAGUAUUAAAAUAUUAUUACAGUGGGAUUUAUUCGGAAACUAACAAAAAUCGAAAAACCAAUAGCUCAUUGACUAAACUGUUGAAAAUAUUAAUAAAUGUUUUGAAUAAAGCACCGCCGGUCGGAAAACUUUUACGGUACUGCGAGAAAAAUUUGGAAAAUUUAAAAAAAAAAAAAUGUUGUUUCGAAAAGAACAAAACAUCCUUCUAAAACUAUCUAAUAUGGCUUCUUCGCUGUGACAUUCUUUAAUCAGAAACUAAAAUAAAAUACAUUUCAUACGAAUAAAUAUAAGACGAAUAUUGUUUUUAUACGUUUGUGUAUUGCAAUCACUUAAAUAUUUAUUUUUUAGUAUAUACGAACAACAAAACCAUUUCAACUAUAUUUUAUAUCCGGUAGUAUAUAUAUAUAUAUAUAUAUAUAUACUUUAACGAUACCAGGAAAUCGUAGCGUAAACGAUUAUUACUUCCGCACAUACUUAUCUCGAAUAUUUAAACGUACAUAAAUACACCAUUAUAAUCUAUUCUCGAUCGUAUAAUAUACAAAACUCGGCCGUACAGGGUAUUAAAAAUGUAUAUGAUACGCGUGUUGCGACAGAGAAAUGACAAGAUCGAAAUAAUAAUAACAUAAGAAUGGAUUAAUUAUACUUAUCGGUUGUUAUGUAAGUAUUUAUCAUUUUUAUUUUAACGUGAGUUUUUGACCACUCUCAGGCGCGUUUUCAGUUAAAUACUAUCAUGAUCUUAGUUCGUUUAUUUUUUUUUUUCAAUUUUUCACGAAUCAGUAUAUUAAUAAUAUAUAUAUAGUGAAAAACAUAAAAAAUUAAUUAACAAAAUUUCAAUUUAUUCUACAUUAAAAUUCGUAUGAAAAUUAAGUACAACUAACAAGCAACUAACAAAAACGUUCAAUAUUACGUACAAUCGUAUAAUAUCUCAAAAAUAAAUGAAAAAAAAAAAAGAUGAAUCCUGCUUAUGGAUGUGAUUUUACUGUUUUGGAGGAAAGAUGAAAGGGGUGUUAUACGCAGUAAAUUAAUUUGUAUCCACGCGCAACGAUAAAUCAUUACUGAAGAAAAACGAUUCUGCGCAAAAUAGUAUUAAUCGUAUUUCCUUGUAGCCAGGGCCACCCGGAAAUCAAUACGAAUUAUACAAAAAACGACCAGUUUUUUCUAUUUUUUAAGAAAAAAAAAUAAACUCUGAGAAGUCCAUUUUUUCACAUCACUACGCCACAUAGAUUAAAAAUUCUACAAGAAAUUUCAUACGAAGUUAUUGAUUAAGGCAAAAUUUCUAAUUAAUUUCUAUUUAUUUAUUGACUCAAAAAAAACCACCUAUUAGUAUAACACAAUAAUAUUAUAUUGAAUGUAAGCAGUACUUGCGAUAGCAGACGACUGUAUAAUAUCAACAGGAGUGCCGUCUCAUAUAGUAAACUAUAAAUAAAUGUAAUGCAUGGUAUAGUUCCCUGUGGACACCCAGCAAAAAGAUUCCAGGUAGCUAUGAGACGGCUGCCGUUUUAAGUGUUGUUUUAUAGAAAACAAUUUAGAUUCUAUAACGAAUAAAGAAUAUUUGAAGUUGUUUUUGAUUCUGAUAUGGAGUGAGGAAUGUAAUGGUUUUACAGUUUAUGUUUUCUCUGAACAACAUUUCUACCAGCAAUUUUGCUCCGAUUUUCAAUAUAACACUUUUUCUGAAAGGAAAUCUAACUGGAAAGGCCAAUUUUGUUAUUUUCCCGGGAGGUUUCAUAAUAAAUAGAACAAAAUAGGAAAAACACUUGGAUAAAUAGGAUAGGAAAAUAGGUACAAUAUUAAAUAAAUAUUAUCAAAGAAAAUAUGUUAUACAUAUAGAAUUAUUUUACCGUAAUAUGACAUAUUUAUAUUGUUGACAAAGCAACACUAUUAACAAACUCCGUCAUGAUCAUUUUUUGUUAACAAUAAUUAAUUGUUGCGUACAGAUUAGAGAAUACAAUCCCGGAUCCCGGGAUACCGACUUUUUUUUUGCUCUCUAAAAUAACGGGAUUGACAAAUAACAAAUCCCGGGAUUUUCGGGAUUGAGUAUUUAAUGUAAUAACACAGAAAAAAAUAUAUAUAAUAAAUAUAAACAAUAAAUACGUUAUAUUAUUCUGUGAGUAUUUUAGCGAUUAGUGGAAAACUAAAUGGUAAAUGAUCAGACAAAUGUUCAAAAUAAUGAAGAAGAAAAACUAUUGCAAUAUAAUGAACCUAUCAAACUAACGUUGAAAGAAAAUAUGGGGCUUGAAAUUAAUAAAAUUUUAAGAACUGUCGAUCCCGAAUCCCCAAAAUCAUAUUGUUUUUUUAAAAACUAUUACCAAAUAUAUUUGUCUGUAUGAGAAUGGAGGAUACUAGAAUAGUGGGCAUCAAUUAGCAUUACCGUUUAAAUAUCUAAUGAACAUUCCUCCCACUAGCAUUGAACCGGAACGUGCGUUUUCAACAGCUGCAUACAUUGGAAAUACAAUAAGAAGUAGACUCGGAGACGAAACAUUAGAUGGUCUGAUUUUUCUUCGAUCAAACUUUCAAAAUAUUUCGAUUAAAUAAAACAUUUUUUUAAAUUAUUUUUGUCAGUAAUACACAAUAUUAAAUUGCAAUGUAUCAUUUGUUUGUUUUGUUUUAUCAAUUUGAAAUGGAAUCCCGGGAUGGUCAAUGUACUUCGGGAUUGUAUUUUCUAGUACAGAUAUACUUUAAAUUUCCCCUUCUCGCCUACAACAGUGGCCCACCCAUCGUGCGAAGAACGGCCGUCUUUUUCAAUAUCGUAUUAUCUAUCUAUUCUUGCGAGCUUAUACUCGAGUACUAUAGAUACACGUCAAUAAUACAAGACCGGAGGUGCGUGCGUGUAAUAAGUUAACAUUAAUAAUAAUAUGAUCUCUGCAGAGUAGAUAUCGCGCACAGAUUUGUUGCGUUACAGUGCAAUUCGAGUGUUUGAACGCCGAAUACGUUUCGAUUGUCAAACCUUCGAAACGACGGGCAGGUGUAUAAUCAUAUACGCUCGCGUAAUACAAGUCCAAUGAAAUUGAUAAUGUAAAGAUUCGCAGCGAAACACACAAUACCAUAAUAACACAUAACUAGGUCAAAAAUCAACAAACCGACUACGUAUAUGGUCGCGCGCUGCACCCCAUUUACCCGGGUGAAUUAUUAACCGCAUAAAACCAAAUGGAAUAUCGUAGUCGGGUGGCGCGUCCUUAUAAAUAUAUUUGGCUCGGAAUAAGUUUAUAUAAAUAAAUAUAUAUAUAUUGACCCUUUUCGGCUAUUGCAGCUCUAUAAAUAACAGAUGAUUUACUAUACGGUUUUACACUCUUUUCGCGUUAGAAAAUUAUUUGUGGUAAGUAGUCAUAUCCUUUUCGUCUACACUGUACAUACUUUAAUCUGACCGUUAAAACUUCACUAGUCACCGAAUUAAAAAUGCACGUAUACGCGUACGCUAUUAAACCCAUACACAAAUAAUUUACAAACAAAUAAAAUUACAAGUAACGCUUUGAUGUUGUACGCGAACCGUAAUGUAGGAAAAUCAAAACGAGGCUCCCUCAACCCCGCGUUUCAAACAAGAAAAAACUGACGCCGCGCCGUCGGAGUUGAUAACUAUUCUAUAAUUAUACAUUGUCAGCUGUUGCAAAUGUAUAAUCAAUAUUUAUAUUUGUACUGAAAUAUAAAAAUAUGAUAAUAUACUUAAGGAGUAAUUUAUAUCGAUGGCGUUUUGUUAGAACGGUGUAUACCGCUGAAAAUCGAAAUAUACGUUUUUGAUAUCAAUAAAAUCAGAAAAAUUACGAGUGCAAACUGGUAAAAAAGCAUAUUUCAAUACAGAAAAUUAAGUCGGUAAUACUUUUAUUGAAAUUAAUUUGGUAAGGGUUUUUUUGCUUCCUGAAAAAAAUGAAAUUCGAUAGGCGCCCUAUUAACAAAACACCGUCGAUAUAUACUAGGAUACAAAACACGUGUUUAUGAAUGUAGUCAAGGAAAACUAUUUUAAAAUCGGUACAUUUUUACUUUUAACUCAAGUAAUUUUCUUCCUGAAAAUUUCGUCUAGGGUAGCUCGACUUGAAUACUACUGUAGUUUAAAAAAAAAAAAAAAAAAAUAGGCGCGUGGCCAGCUUUGUCACUAUCCUAGCAUUCUCAGCGUUUUGUAUCUACUCCGUCAAUGGAAAAUAUAUUUAUUAUUAUCAUAUUAUUCAAAAUAAAACGGUGACCGUAUACAUAAUGGGCUGUCAUUUUAUUUAGAUGUGAGUAUAUUAUAGUAUACUAGUAUACGAAUAAGUGGUAUAGUUGUCCGCCUGGACACGAAAUAAUGUCUGUAAAGCAAGUAAAUAAGUAAACGUAUACCCAUGUAUAAUUAUUCAAUUUACAACCCCUACAGAAGAAUGUCGUAAUAAUAUACCCUCGUCGAUUUAUUCCACAAUUGCCACGACUCCCGCGGUUAUAAUAAUAUAAUUUCUAAUAGGUAAAUACAUAUAGAAACUCGAGAAUUUCGAUUUUUCGUUUAAAUCGAAUAAACUUAUUCUCUCUUAAAUUCGCACGGCGUAAAAACAAUCUACGAACAAAUAUCGUAGCACGAGUUUCAAGGAAGAAGGGCGUAGUCAAUUAUAUUUAAAAAAAAUGAAAAACAAGCUUUGGAAAAUUUAAAAACAAUUUACACGGGACAAGAUAUAAGCAAAUUUUAAUAAGUGGCUCAAGGUCUAUUACCUCGAUAUCAAAUAAAUAAAAACAGUUAUUUUCAAAAAAUGUUUCUAGACAAACAGAAAAACCGAAAAAAAAAAAAAACGAGAAAAUGUAAGAAGUUUUGGUAUGAGUUAAAAAUAUUACGGCCUUCCUUUUUUCCUGUGGACAAAAUUUCUACCAGUAUUUUACUACGGUUUAUAACGAUAGCAAUGUUCCUUAAAUGAAAUUUGACUGAGGAUGUAUUUUAGAGAGGUCAUUAUUGGACUUUUUCAAGAGUUUUCCCAGCAAAUGUGAAAAAGUAUGGAAAAACGUACGGAAACUGGGAAAACCGGUACAACGUUAAACGAAUAUUAUUAAAGACAACGCCUAUUCAAUUAUUUUAACAUAAAUAUGGCAUAUUGAAAAAGCAUCAAUACUGACUGAACACUCCCCCCGAGAACCGUUCUUUCGUUCGACCGUUUACCAUCGCUUACGGGUGUACAUUAAAAACUACUCGUAGCGGUGGCUGCACCCGGUCCCAUUAUGCUAGGGUGGCUUUUUUUCGUUUUCUUUUCCGAACGUGGCCCGACCGUCCGAAAAGAGAUUUUCCGACCGUGCACCGCCGCGCGCGUGCCAAUCAUUUGAUUGCGGAGCGCCGUGGUCGUGCGAGUAAUGUAUUUACGAUUACAGUUGACACUGCAGACGCCGCGCGGGCGCGUGAGCGGUACGUAGGCGGCGGGCACGAUUCCCCCCGGGGGACGCCCUGUAUAGCGAUGCGGACGCCGGAAAAGCCGAUUGGAACUGGCGGGAGCGCGGCCCGCCCGUGUACAACAAUAAUAACACGAGCAAUAACGACGAUAAUAUCAUUGCGUCGUUUGCCGGUCAGUCGGCGGCGCACCGACGUAAAACGGAAAUUAAUCGUUUUCGGCGGCGGCGCUACGCGAGUCGUUCCGUCGGUUGAACGGUCGCGAGCGUCCGAAUUGUCCGGCGGGAUCCGCGAAUAAUUUUACUACAACGGCGCCAUAAGUAUUUAUGUACGUGUUUAGCGGCCGGCCGAGUCGCCGCGGCAAACCGGACGUGAUUCCCCGCGGAACUCCUCUUUGCGGCGGGUAAUAAAUAAAUCGAAAACGGUCAGAAACGGACUUUAUCCCCCCCCCUGCCCGUUCGCAGGCGAAAAACAAAGACCGCCGCGAAAACCGCCACCGAUUCGAACUGGUCUGCCGGCGAAAAUCCGCGGUUUUCCCGUAUCGCCGCCGGGGCCGCGCAAUGUUCUCCGACAAUUGACGAGAAAAAAAAAAAAACUCUGUCCCAGGAUAAUGGGAACGGGCGCAGCCGCUGCUAUUGAGGUAAUCUAACGUAAUAACUGGCAAGCAACGGUUAUAACUAUUGCUAACGAAAAAACGAUUCCGAGCUUCGGAGUUCGGUUGAUCGUGUCGCGUUGUCAACAAUAUAUAUAUGUCAUAUUUUGGUAAAAUAAAUACAUAACGCGCAUUAAACAUUUUCUUUAAUAAUAUUUGUUCGAUAUUGUACAUAUUUUCCCGGUCUUUCGGUUUUCCCAUAUUUUUUCCAAAGUUUUCCCAUUUUUUUUCCGAAAACUCCUGGUAAAAUUAAAAGAUUGCAUUCUUAAAGUACCACUCCAGUCGGAUUUCCUUUCAGAAAAUAUGCUAUAAUUGAAAAUCGGAAUAAAAUUGCCGGGAUAAAAUUUGUCCACAGAAGAAAUAAACAAAUUCGCUCCACUUAGAUGAAUAAUGAAUACCAAAACACCGGGGAACAACAAAACAAUUUUAAAUGUUCUCUUCAUAUUUUAGUAUCGAUAAAUAUGCCACCGUGUACAUAAAUUAUGUAUUUUGUACAAAAUGUUACAAUCUCGUCAUGCAUUCUUAUCCAUACGUUUGUCUAAACUUCUAUGCACAGAUAUGUAAUACAAUUAUUAUAAGUUUAUUACAAUAUACAUCUGUGCUUCCGUGUUUUUUUUUAAAUCCCCAAUCGUGAUUUCUAACUUGUAUUUCCUCUUUGGACUUUACAGUUAUAAUUUUUCUGAAACUACCUGCUUAUCAUUAACGGAAGUUUAGAAUAUAUUGACCACAAUGGUGUUCUAGCAUGUAUGUUAUGUUGUAAAUAUAAUACUUUCUUAUUUAUACUUUAUUUUGAGCAAACACAUUACAAUAAAACAUCAUAAAGACUUUCUUGGUUUCAGAGUUAAUUUAACUGCAAACUAUAUUAAUCGAUUGUUACAGAUAACUUUAACCAUAUUACAUUAUAGCCGAAUUUUUUGAAACUACUCUAAACAAGAUUACACAAAGUAUAAAUUCGUUUAAACAGUUAUUGUUGUUUUUUUUUUCUGUUUGAUAAAGGAAUUUCAAUUAUUAUAAUAAUACUAUAGUAUUAAAUUUGUCUAAAAUUUAUCAAAUCUCGAUAAAAUAAAUUUGAUUCUAGAGAAUAUUACUUUAGAUUCUGAAAGAAGUAAAGAAGCAUAUGGAUUUACAAAGUUGUUUUAUUUUUUUUUUUUUUUUUUUGUCUGNGAUGAAUAAUGAAUACCAAAACACCGGGGAACAACAAAACAAUUUUAAAUGUUCUCUUCAUAUUUUAGUAUCGAUAAAUAUGCCACCGUGUACAUAAAUUAUGUAUUUUGUAUAAAAUGUUACAAUCUCGUCAUGCAUUCUUAUCCAUACGUUUGUCUAAACUUCUAUGCACAGAUAUGAAAUACAAUUAUUAUAAGUUUAUUACAAUAUAUAUCUGUGCUUCCGUGUUUUUUUUUUAUAUCUCCAAUCGUGAUUUCUAACUUGUAUUUCCUCUUUGGACUUUGCAGUUAUUAUUUUUCUAAAACUACCUACUUAUCAUUAACGGCAGUUUAGAAUAUAUUGACCACAAUGGUGUUCUAGCAUGUACGUUAUGGCAACCAUUAUAAUAUGGGUUGUUCCACGCGAACGGAAAUUUGUUAUAUAACGUGGUUGUAAGAUGGAGACAAUAAAUGAAUGGGCAGCACGAUUUAAGAUUUAAGAAUACGGGUUUAUUAUUUUAGUAUCCAUAGAAAUAUACAAUAUUUGAUGAGUAAUACAUGAGUAUUGUUGAAUGCGUUUUUUGAACUUCGAGGUUUUAAUGUUAGUUGACCUGUUUAAAAUGUUCUUCUUUUUUUUUUUUUUAUCAGUUGUCAAAGAACAAUCCCGAGCUCAUAAUACUACUGCGCGUGUGUCCCGCACAGUAACGUAAUUACGGUUGUGGAGUGGGAGGGGAUCAAUAGUUGGUCACAAGAAUACAGAACAUUUUUAUUUUUUUUUUUUUUUUUUUUUUUUUGUCUGUGAAUACCUGCUCGGAUUUCUACGUGUAGCAGCACCUUUUCUGAAAGUAAAUCAAUAUGGAGAGGUACUUUAGAAAGGUCAUUUUUCGAUUUUCUCAAGAGUUUUCCCAGCAAUUGUGAAAACCGGGAAAAACAUAGGAAAACCAGAAAAAUCGGUACAACAUUAAUCAAAUAUUAUUAAGCAAAAUAUAUAAAGCCUAUUUAGUUAUUUAAUUGUUGACGAAGCACCACUAUCAACUGAACUCCACUCAAAAUCGUUUUCUCUUAAGCAACGGUUUAUCGUUGCUUACAGGUAUACAUUAAAUUAUCUAGAACAUUGGCUGCAUCCGUCCCCAUUAUUCUAUGACGUAUUUUUCAUAAUAUUUAAUAUGUAAAAUUUAAAAAAUUUAAAAAAAAUUAAUGAGUUUAUACUACUAACUAGUGUUCCACUAUUUUAGGCGGGAAAUCGAGAAGGUAGAAUAUAUAUUAUAAAGUUAUUUAAUUCAUAUCUGUAUGCAACAAUAAAUUAUUGCUGGAUAAAUACGAUUCUGAGCGGAGUUCGUUUAAAAUGUUUAAACAUGUUUCGAAAAUACCAGUAAUUUUUACCAACAUUUUUUUUCCAAAAUUUGCGCUCAUAAAAAACUACUGCAUUACUCCUACUGACUAACCUGAUGAACUUGGUAUUGAAUUUUCAAGCAUUAUUGUUCGGCCACACAAUUUUAACCGCAUAAUACUUACCAUAAAUUACUCACAAGGACAAAAAUAUAAAAGUAAAUAAAAGUAGCGGCGUAUGCAACUUAUUAGUACGCCCGGAAUUGAAAAAUCGGAAAAUCAACGCGUGUAAAAUAUUGUGUCGUAUAGUUACGAAUAUCGGAACUUUGAUCGGCCGCAGUUGUCGUCGAAUGAACUUUAUUCGUUGAGGUACUUUACGGAUGCUAAAUUUACGAAUGCAUCAAGAACCCACGGGUGCUAUGCCGCCGCAAUAUCCUUUACGACACAGCCCUUACAUUAUGCAACUAUACGGUUCAUUUACAAUUUUGUACAUAGGUACGAGGUCGGCUAUUUUAAUAUCAGUAUAACUAUAUUUUAACAUUAUUGUUGUUCAUAAUACACACGUGCGUUGUCCGUAAGAAAAUCUGUAUUUUGUUCAUAUCGUUAAUUACGAAAAGCGCGGAUAAAAUAUUUGGUCCUAAUUACGAAAAAGCUUAUAAGGUUUUUCCGGGGGUGGGGAGAGUGUUAAUUUUAAAUUCGGAGACGCUUAAGACCCCCUGCUCAAGUACACUCCCGUAGUUCACGCAGUACUCUAAGUACAAUAAGUACGUAUUGCCUAGAUCCUUAACAUACCGACCGACAUCUCGGCUAUGGCAGUUAAGGAUUACGAUUCUACCAUCCGCACUCGUAUAACCGAAUAGAUAUUUUAGUUACGAAGAGUACGCAAGAGCUAUUUCUGAAUGUCUGAUAACGAUAGAGUCACAGUUGGAACGUAAAGUCGGUCCGGAUACGAUAGCACCGUAAUAUGGACGUUAUACCAGUCGCGUCCAAAUUCUGAAUUUCGAACUGCUACAACGGUCGUUGUCUUAUCACACACUCAAAACCGGUGACCGCCGUGGCAAAAUAGAAACGUACGUUUCCGUAAGUUUUUCCGGAAGAGCGGCGAGAAGAGAAACAAAGCGGGCGUGCCGUAUUAUAUAGCGCGCGGGUGGCAUUUUGUCGCGCGCAAUACGACGGCGGCGGCGGCGGCGGCACGGCAAGUCCGAACGGGGUCGGCCGCGGCGGGACGUGACCUUAUGUAUAUACGUAUUCGCCCCGGCGACCGUUCGGAGGCCGGAGAGGGAGGGGGCGACUAUUUAUUUUUACCGGCCCCUAUGCCCGGCCCACCCCCCAUCCCCCUUUGAACCGCCGCCGCCGACGCCGCCACCACCGCCGCCGCCGCCGCCGCUCGUUCGUUCGUUCGUCCGUUCGUCCGUUCGUAAAGCGGACGGACCCGUGACGCGGCCACCGCAGGUAUCGCGUGACCUACACGCGAUCCACACGCCGUAGACACGUAAAUGUACGUACGCGCCCGAUACGUACGUAUAUACGCACGUAGAUUAUCGUAAUAAUAUUAUAAUUAUAUGCACGCGGUGUCUUCCGUAAUCUCACGCGACAGUUUACGGUAUCCCCUGUGAAAUUAAUUUCGUUUUACACGCGUCAGAAACGGGGAAAAAUUCGCCGGGUUAAUAACUUUUUUAAAUUCGCUCGGGAACUCGUUCUGCAGUGCGUUUCGGAAUGAACGAGUGGGUGGUGGUAAUUCGUAAAUUUGAUGAAUUUCGGAAUCUUAUUCGGAAUUGAAUUUGCACUCUCUUUUUUCAAUUUUGUUUCAAAUAUUCACAAAACGUGUUUUACAAAAAAAAAAAAAAAAAAAAACAAGACUUGCAACUAAAAAAUUCUUGUUUUCGUUAUCGAAAGAUGCUAAAUUCACAUUAGUUUUACUGUGCGACAGAACCUACAAAUUACUAUUGCUCUAAAAUGCCCUCGAUAGCUCCUUAUUCCAACAUUAUUGGCGUAUAUCGUUGUAAGAAAAACUCGUCGAAAUACACCGCAAGCACUAUGUCUAUUACGUUAUUUUAAAAAUAGGUAACUCCUCAAUCUUCCCUUUGUUUACCUAUAGUUAUUUUUACAAAAAAAAAAAAAAAAAAAAUCAAAUAUCAAAUUCACUAAAUAAUAAAUAAUAAACAAUUAAUGUGAUAUUGUAAUUUGAAUCAAUAAUAUUGUGAUAAGACACGCACGGUCACUCUAUGUACGAUACGUUGGAUAACAUAUUGGAAUCUAUCGUAGUUCUCUGUUGAUUAUUUUAAAUUAAAAUUAUAAAAUGAUUAUUUAAAUAACAAUUAUAUGCUGCAUAGAAAACAAAAAUGAGUGUACAACAUUAUAAGAAAAAAUGAUGUUUGUAAAAGAUACAAUUAUGGUGAAAAAUUUGAUCACAGGUGGAAAAAAAUAGCAAAAAUCAUACUGAAAUCGAUAUGUUCUUGCCACGCUCAGAUUCUAAAUGGCAAAAUAAUUAGAUUAAUAACAAAGCAGCUUUGUGUGAUAAGUAAAAUUACUUCUUCAAAAUAAGUUUACAUACAGAUAUAGUUUAAAAGGACAAUAUUGUUACAACACUGCAUCAGUCGAGGCCGUACAAUAUAUCACAAUAAUUCAAUAACUUUGAGAAGGAACAGUAAACACCACUAUAACUAUAAUCGUAAAAAGGACGAUAAAAUAGAGCGGCGAGUUGAGAACAAAAGUAAACCAUAAUGAUAGACGUCACAAACGUUCGAGGACUACAUUAGUAGUAUAAAGGAUUAUUAUAAAAUCGAAGAAGAAACCAAGCGGAAAUUGUAUGAAAUCGAAAACUGGGAGAAAUGCUGCUGGACCAAUUAAACUAAAUCUGUAAUUGAAUUAUAAUUAUGUAAAAAGAAAGAUAAAAAGACGGACAUACUUCCCACGAUGGGUGAGCCACUGUUAUAGGUGAGACCUUGAGAAGGUAGGGAAUAAAGAAGAAUUUAAUGUAAAUCUGUACCUACUCAACGAUUAUACAUUGCUAACGUAAAACGUUUCUGAGCGGAGUUCGGUUGUACAAUUUAUGAAAAUGUGUGCAAUAAUAAUAUACGUGUUUUUAAUGGCGUCAAAAUUUGAUAUAAAAAAAAAAAACUAAUACAUUUCUCGUUUCGCUCAGAAUUUGAAAAUAUAUUAUUCAAGUCGGGGUCAAAACUUACUCACAGCGAUUUCGAAAAGAACGCGAAAAACUCUGGAAAUUGUAUACGGUGGUGACAAGGUUUUGGAGACUUUGAACACGACAAAACCAAAAAUAACCAUUAAACCUGUUUGUUUUUCCGAUCGAUUUACUACGCACGUCCACUACCGUUCGAAGACAAUACCGCCAGACCCUAAAUCAAAUACUCCGAUGAUAACAAUGCUCGUAUAGUCGUAUGGGACUAAACACGAAAUCAAUUUUCUAAACGUAUAUUUUGUUCAACCACGUGCGCGCGUUAGGUAUUUACAAGCCCGUCGACAAUUUGUCGAGUUAAUAUUAUUAUAGCUCGGUAUCAUCGUAUACAACAACGACUGGAUUUCACGAAAUUUUCUGUACGAUAUUAUCGCACACAAUGCAAGGUAAUAUACGUGUAUAUUGUUUUUAAUGUUAUUCACAGAUUACAGUCAAAUUUGUGUUUCAUUCACAUAUUUAAAGGGAUCGGAUACGAAAUGUGAAAACAACUUUAAAAAUCCAUCGUUAGAGGAACAUGAGAGAUCGGUCAGGCCACUUGUUCAUUUUUCAUUCCUUAAAUUUCAAAAAUUAUAACUAAAAACUUAAAAAAAAGAAGGCCGUAAUAUAUUUUAACUAAUACUUAUACUUUUUAUAUUUUCUCGUUUUUUUUAGUUUUUCAAAUUUGAUGAGAAAACUGAGAAUAAUCUAUCAAAAAAUGGCCUCCUUAAAGUAUCUCCACACAUCGAUUUCUUUUCAGAAAAUGUGCUACACUUAGAAAUCCAAGCAAGUCUUUUGGUAGAAAAGUUGUUAACAGUUAAAAAAAAAUAAACAUCUUUGUAAAGCAAUAAGCUUUUCAGCUCCAUUUCAGAAUCUAAAAUUUGGGAAGUUAGAGUGUAAAUUUAAUGUUUAUCUACGAUUAACUGUUGCUAACGAAAAACAAUUCUGAAUAGGGUUCGUAUAAUUGUGUUGCUUUAUCAACAACAUACAUGUCAUAUUAUGGUAAAAUAAUCACAUAUCGAUGAUGUAUUCUUUAAUAAAAUUGUAUCUAUUUUCUCGAUGUUUAACAUGUUUUUCCUAAUUAUACCACCACAAGAAAGUUUUCUUUUAGAAAAAUUGCUAUAUUUCUUACUUAGGAGUAAGAUUUCUGGCAGAAUUUAAGUACACAUUAUAAAAACAUCUUUGUGAAACCAACACAUUCUUCACUACUUUCAAAAUAUAAAAUGUAUAAAUAAAACAAAGUUUACACUAUUAAUGGGUGUCCCAUUGUUGUAGGUAGGAAGUCAGGACAAUGUAAAUAGUUAUUGAAUUUAUAUUUGUAUGCAUUGAUAAAUUAUUACAAAAGAAAAAUGACUCUGAUUCAAGUUCAGUUAAAUAUAUUUUAAAAUGACGUGAUUUUUUUCGAUCUUCGUCAAAAUUUGAACUUUAAAAAGUCAAAAAAAAACUACUAAACUACGUUCAACUUUUUUAGGUCUCGAUUAUUAUUUUUAACUGGAUUAAAAUAGCUAUUUUCAUAAACUUUCUGGUUUUUUCUACUGUUUUUAUCGGUUUUUUAAAUUAUUAGGAAAUUUACUAGCUAAAUUAAAAAAAAACCUUUUAAAUUAACCAACUAUGAACAAUUUGUUUUCAGAAAAGAUACUUGGUAGUAAAGUUUUUAAUAGCUAGACAGAAAAAAAAUACACCAUACAAUACAAAUCUCAGAAUAUGAAACUAGAACUGAAUUUUAAAAAGUAUCCUGAUCGAACUCGUGUUGAAUUUAAAUCUUUUUUUUGGAAUUCUUUUCAGGUCGCUAUAUCGAUCGGACUGAUUGAAAGAAAAUUAGUUUACAUUGCUAUGCUAUGUAAAAUAUUUGAUAUCCAAUCCCUUUCUAAUUAGUAAAGUAUGAUUAGAAAAAAACGAAACUUUUUAUAUAAAAGUGGUUAUUUUAAAAUGAUAAAAUUUAAUGUUUAUCACUUUCAACGUAAUUUUCUUUCAUAUCUACAUACUGUUGCACACGUCGCUGAUAUUUCUGAAAACAGUGAUGCCAAUAACUUUCAACCAGCCCGUCAGCCCAUUCAGAAGUUCCACCAUUUUCUUUUUUACGUCAUCAUCUGUUUAACAAUGGCGGUUUCCUUUUGUAAAAAUAUUUAGUUGAAAUUGCAUUGUGAUCUGGAACAUUAUCUUGGUGAGGGCCAAACUAUCUCCAAUAUUUUUAACACGUUCUCUAAAUUUAGUUAAUACCUCUACAAUAAUAUUGAUGGACUAUUUUACGAUCUUGCCGUAUGAUUCUGUCGAUGUUAUCAACAUUUUCAAUUGUUAAAGACGUGAUAGGACGAGCAUCAUCUUUAAUGUCUUCUCUUUCACUACAAAAAGUAUAAAACUUUUGAUGCCAUUAAAAAAUUUGAACUCGUGAUAUGCAUUUUUUGUCAUAAACUUAUUUAAUAUUCGAAACGAACCCACAGCGGUUUUCUUUAAUUUCGCAAAAUACGUAUAAGACAAAUUAACCGAUUUCAUUUAUACUGACAAAAUAUACUGAUAUAAGUAUUUCAAAAUAAUAUUUUAAUAAUCGCUUUGUGGAUAACGAGAUAGUCUUGAUUUUAUUGAGGGAGUCUCGACAGUCUCGUUAUUUUCGUGUCAAACCUCGUAUUAUUUAAUACAUUGCAUACAUAUUAAAUAUUCGGAUUGAUCGUUCCCGUGUUUAACCAUUUGAGACCGCGUUCCAAGAGAAACGGUUAUAAGGGAAGACAUUUGAGACCUUUUUACCAUUAGUAAAUUUCCAAUCAUUAUAGUAUGCUAAAAAAUAAAAAAAAUACUACAAUAAUAGGUAACUAUAGUUUAAGUUUAUAACCAGAUAACAAAAAUGUAUGUUAAUCUAACCAGGUAUAAUGAGCAGGAAUUAAAAUCAACGUGCUCAUAUUAUUUUUUGGGUGAAAUAAAAGUACCUAUUUUAUGUGCAUUGUUAUCACGGAGGAAAAAUUACGCAGUUGAAAAUUAUUAAUACUAUGUUCGAGAACGCCGGCAACAACGAACGGCCCAUCUGCAUUUUUAAUAUCUAUGAUGAAAUUGAUGUUUUCGCCUACCGGCCGUGAUAAAACAGCGCACCGAUAAUAUUCGUCUGCCUUAAAAAAAUAUAUUUAUAAAAAAAAAAACUACUGGGUUGUGUUUACACGAUAAAUGUAUUAACUUACAACGGUAAUAAUGCUAUUAUAAUAAUAUGAUGAGAGACCCUGAGUAUUAGAAUUUCGCCCGAGUCUCAAAAUAACGAGAAAAAUAUUAUUAUUAUGGAACUCGGAGGAGUCGUUCAAUUAUUAUUAUUAUAUUUCUUUAUUUUCACGCUCCGGCUCUGCAGCGAUGCUCGAAGAGCUUACGUGAAUGGUAAAAUUAGCGUAAAGCCAUUAAUUUCUGCAGUUCAGUCACUUUCACGCAUCGAAUAGUGCCCGCGCUUUUUUUUCUCCCCCACUUCUACGGAGGAUUUAAUUUCCGGUGACCUCUUUCAACUAUCCCCACCUAACUGCAAAUUAUUUGAGGGCGUUAAAUGUCCAACUGUAUUAAUUACCUAAUAAAGUGUAUAAGAACUCGCUUUAUGAGCGACUGUGACAUUGUUCGUACAAACAUUGAUGUAAUUAAUUUUUGGACUUAAAAGCUUAUUGCGGUUACUGCCAUAUUUUUUUUUUUCAAUUUCUAUACGGCAUCAAUAUUGUAUUCUGCGGCGUUUUUGAUUGACACAUAACAAAAUAUUAAAGUUUCUAAACUAAAAUUAUUAACGUGCAUUGUGUUUGUUAUUGUCUAUUGUUCUCAUAAAGUGUCGUUGUCGGAAGAAAUAGUGCAGUGAAAUUUCGAGGUGCAAACAAAAGUUUAUCACUCACUUGUGUAUUUUAUUAAUAUUGUUUAUAAUAUUUCAUUAGUAUUCUGUGACAAAUCCUAUCAAAUUGAGCUAAUUUUUGAACCAUUCCGAUUGCAAUAAUAAAAAAUUAUAUUUAGCUUUUGCCACUAAAUGAGCUAUUAUUUACUUUUUCACGGUUUGUCUUAUUUACCUCUAUAGUUUUCAUAAAAAUUUCACAUAGUACUAGAAUUUAAUUAACCGGCUAUAUUAUUGCCGGAAACAAGUGAAAUCGUCGUUAUCUAAGAAAAAAAGAGCCGAUACUGGUGAUGAGUAUACCGCUAUUAUAGGUGGCAAGUUGGUAAGGCAUAAUACAUAAACCUAUUUAAUUUCUAUCUAUAUGCAACAAAAAUUAUACAAAUUUUAACUAAUGAAACGCCGUGAAUAUUUGUCAGUUUUUCUCAGCUAUUAUAAAAACUGCUUGAUAAAUCAAUAAUAACUUCCCUAGUACACAAACAAGACCCAAAAUUCAACAAAAAAAUAGACGGUUUGUAAUUUGUUUGAAUAACUCAUAGAUACAAACAAAAACACACAUAGUGAAACCGAUCAGAACCUAAUAUGACUGUUGUGUUGGAAGAAAAACGAUCAAAAAAGGUCACAAAAUGCACAGAAAUAUAUAAGCAUCAAUAGGUUAUUUUAGUGAUACGUAAUUUGUUUUUAAAUGUUCUAUAUUAUAAUUGUAAAGACAAAUAUUAUUUUUCUAUCUUUAAUUUAUUUACAUUCUUUUUAAGAAAUUAUUAUUUUAGAACUUUUUUUUUAAAAUUUAUAUUUUUUGAAUGUAAUAUAAAUCAAUCAUUUCAAAAUGUACAAAGUUUGACGUAUAACCCGUAGGGACGCGAUACUUAUGAAUCUUAAUAAUACUAUAUAAAAUACCUACUUUUUACUUUAUACUUAAGUUAUUUUAACAACUUGAAAAAUUAAAAUCCUUUUUAAUAUUUAAUUAAUUGAAAUUUCAAUAGAAAUAACACGUACUUAUACUAAAAUAUUUGCAUUCCAAAAUUAUCAUACUUAAGUGUAAAAAGUUAAAUUUUAAAAUAUGAUAAAAUUAUUAUUUAUAUAAUUACUUUGUUAUCUAAUUUUUCUAGUUUUUCUCUUUAAAAUUCAUAUUUUUCAUAUGUGUCACGGUCGAUAUAAUUUAUUUGCAUUUCAAUUCAGGGGUUGAUUGAACGCUAAAUUUGAAAUAACCGUGUACCUACGAGUCGAAAAAAAAUAUUACUAGACAAAUAUGAUUUUCUUUUUUUUUUUUUUUUUUUUUAGAUAAUACGGUCGGAAAAUAAGAACGAGUAAAUACGAACACGAAUACUGCACAAAAUAGUUGUGGCAAACCCAUUUAAUUAAAAUAUCAUACCCACCGCCUACUUAUAAUAAAUCGCGGUCUGCUUAAAACUACCGUUAAUAUAUUUUACUUGCAUUCGUGUUUUUAGAAAAAAUCGAUAUUCCCUAAUUGUUACACGACAUGCAUUUAAUACAACAUAAUAUUAUGUUUGUACCGAAAAUGUUUCUUUCGUCGGCUUAUUAUUUUCGUUGGUAUAUUUAAGUUUAAAAUCAAUAUAAUGUGGGUUUUGUUUUUAAUUUUCCACGAGUUUCAAGUAGAAUCCGGGCUUAAUACUUCUGAUGGUUAAUUUGCGCUAUUUUCGUAGAUGGGAAAGUAGAAUUCAUAGAUUAAUUUCCCAUGUCUCGCGACAAUGUAUGAUCACGAACGAAAAAAUAACGAACUUUGAUUAACCGUGUUUUGAAAUACAAUGAUUUUUACGAUAUUCAUCGAAAUCUUUAAAUAACUUGUAAAAAAAAAAAUUAUACAUGACAUGAGUUUUACUCAGUGCUUAGAAUCGUGUUCAAUUUUCAAGAAUGUUUAAUUGACCAAAACAAUUAUUCGUGCAUAUAACCAAAUAAAAAUGUUAAAAAAAUUGACAAUUUCAAAUAGAUAACUUACAAAUGUCCAGAAUAUUUUGAAAAAUGUACUAAUAAAAAAAAAGGGCUAAUAUUAAUAUUCUAUAAAAAUUUGGAUUCUCUGCGAAUAUUGUUUACUGAAUUAUAAUACAAUAAAAUAUUAACGAUAACCAAGAUCGUUAUUGUAUACAUUUUUCCGUUUUUCCUACUUUUUUUUUUCUCGAAUAUUAGAAACUAUUAUUCUUAUCGGAAUACAAAACGACUAUGAUAAAUAUAAACUUUUAAAAAUUUCUAAAACUAUAAGACAAAUUUAAUAAUGCUGACUCACCGUCUUACUGCUAUUAGGUUUUCAAUGUCGGUUCGCAAUAUCAUAAUUUCUGAAUGUGUUUAAAUUUCUAUUUUUUCGUUUAAUUUAUUUAAUAGGUAGAUGUUUUUUUAUUUUUCUCAAAACCAUUAAUUUUACUGAUUAUGACUGAGUUAAUUCAUUUCUUGUUCCCGUUAUUAAUUAUUAAACUACAUUAACAAACUAGAUUAUAAUAUUGGCCUUAUCGUCCUUAUCUAAAGGUGGCCGACAAUGUAGUCGGUAAUCUCGAGAUUGUGUUCACUAAUAUUGACGGCCGCCAUAGACUUUGACGUGCGAAUUCGAAAUCUCGUAUAAAGUAAAAUACAGUCAAAUAGUAGGUACUCUAUCAAAUCCAUCAACUGUUUUUGUGUCCUAACGAUAUUAGUUCUAAAUAAAUUAUUACGAAACUAUAGCGAAAAGAAUAUACGGAACACAUAUAAGAACACACACGCCUGUCGAUUUACAUUAUGAAAACGAUGUUAUUUUUAAAAAUACGUGAAUUUUUUCGGUGUUGCGCGAUGGUCAUAUUACAAUACGUAAACGUAAUAAUGUGUAGUUACACGGAAAACAGGCAUUUCUAUAAUAUGUUGUACCGUUUUGUACCGAGUUUUAUAUUGUGUAUACACUCUGUUCGAUGUAGGUACUAUAAAAAAAAAAAAAAAACAAAAAACAAACAACCCUGCUUCGUAAAAGCAUAAACUAACAUCGUUACGAUAGUAAUUCAUGAUGAUAUGUUUAAUAGCUGCACUCGUGCGUUGUAUAACAUAAUCGUGUUUAACUUAAAACCCACGCGGGGAAAAAAUCGAAUCUAUAUACCGCUAUAUAUUGUAUACUUCAUAUUAUAUUUUUCAUACGCUACGACUAUAAUACUACUAUGAUAAUAAUGUAACGUUUCAAUCUCGCAAUAAAAAUAAAUCUGAAUUUGUAGCGAACAUAUUAACAAGUUGUUUCUGUUGUUGUUUUUUUUUUUUUUUUUUUGUAAUAGCGCAAAUUUAUAUUCGCCAUCAUCGUCACGUAUGAAUCAUAUUAUUCGGUUUCCCAAUCGUGUUGCUAACGCGUAUGAAGUAUAUUCGUUUGAAUUUACAGUAAUCGUUAAUCGUUAUUAUUAUUUAUGCUAUUAUAGUGCCGAAUUGUAAUACGAAGUCGCUGUAUGUAUUCUCGGUCAUAAUAUAUUUCACUGCUAUUGUGUUAAACAAUAAUAAUACACUCGUAUUUUGUAAUUUGAUACAUAUUUUGUGUGCAUACGGAUUCUGAUAGAGGUUUUCAACACUUUUAUGAUGAGUGAAAAUGCUCUGAUUUUGAAGUAUCGUGAAAAAAUAUUCCACGAAAUUUUUUUUUUUUUUUUAAAUGCUCAACAGUGCACGCCGCUGAAAUAUUACUAUAUAUUUAUAAUAUGCCGUACAUAUUUUUUUUAUGAUAUAUCUAUAGACUCGUUAAGCUGAUAUAUAGUUAAGCACGGUUAUGAAUAAAUUAAAAAUGACGAUUCCAGGGCGUAAAUAAAAAUAUUUAAUCAUCUAUCCCAUGACUGUCCCCGACUAGUACUAUCUCACUCAAUAUUGUUUACCCGUUUCGUCCCAUAAACAUAAUACAUUCAUUAACGUGUUCAUGUACAUAAUUUACCUAGGAUAGAGAAUAUAAAUAACCAAUAGCAAAAUUUUCAUUCCGUGAAAUUGCGUUAUUUGUAUUGGUGUACAUGUCGUAGACCCUAUGGAAAAUUUGCGAAAAGACUACUGAAAAACUGAAAAAGUAUAUAUUGUUAUAUUUGUUCUUUCUUUUUGUGAAAUAAAACUAGUAAUGCAAUAGUCGAAAACUUUAAAAUUAUCUAAACUUCACUGAUACUCGCCAUUGAUACAGUUUAUGAUAUAAAUAUAAUACUAUAUACUUGUAAUAAGUACCAUACUUAUUCAGACUAUUCAGUUUACAUGUAAUAAUAAUUCUAUUGAACCUUUUUUUUUUUUUGUAAACGUAAUAAAUUACUCUAAAUAUAAAAAAAUUAAAAUAGCUAUCACUAUAUUUUAAUGAUUGUAGUUUUUAAAAGGCCUAACUGCUAUAUGCAAUAAGCCUGAAAAACAGUAGGUCGUUUGGAAAAAUAAUAAAUAGUUCGCAAACGAGCUACCCCGUUGCAAAGAGCCUAGCCUUUUUGCAAAAUCACUAAUUUUCCAUAUAGCCUACGAUAUAUACAUGCACAGCAAAACGUGUUCACAAUUCAAAUACGUCGUAUUAACAUCAUUCCAUAUAGACAUAUUAACAAAGUGCGUUUAAAAGAGAUAAAUGGAGGAAUAAAACGCUAAACAUCAUAGAGGUUAGAAGCGGUUUGACAGGGUUGCCAGAUGUUUUAUCAAGAUAAAUGUUAAAAAAAUGUUUAUUUUAUUAAUUAUUUGAAAUAACGUUAAACAUCAAACAAAUCGUUAAAAAAAAAAAAAAAAAAAAAAAUAACAUUGUAAAACCAGUGAUCAAAUUGUUAUUAUUGAAUGAUUCGGUAACCACCGUAACCUACCGGUAACUAUAGUUCGCUUCGAUCAAAUAUAAAAAUUAUAGCAUAUUAUGGUCCAUUCGUAUCUAUAUAAUCUACGCAGAAAACCAGGAACCAUUAUUGAAUGAGAUAUAAUCGGGGGCAGUCACAGACAGAAUGAAUCAAUAUUUUUAUUUUCGCCGUGAUAUUGCGAUUACGUAUCUACACGAUUGUAUCUUCAAAUUAUUAUUACUACAAACGUGCGUAUCUAACUAUCUUAUUGUUGGUCAAGGAACAUUUAUGGCGUAAUGAAAAUAUAUUUAUAUAUAUUUCAUACAUGAUCGUCCCUAACUAUUGCCUAUCCUUUUUUAAUCAAUACUGAUCAUAAACAUCAUAGACGGGGGUCGGCGAAAAAGGAAAGCGCAAGCAAUUUAUGAAUGAGUUUAUCCCUAAUUGUUUUACCCAUGAAAACCAACACGGCUCAGUAAAUAUUCCUUAUUUUUUUUUUUUUUAUAAUAUUUAAUACGCUAUAAGUAACAAAUUCAAUAACGCGAAAUAACAGUGUAUAUUGACUUCGCAACAGCCGCCUACGAUUACAAUAUAAUAACUUGUUUCUCGGCGCAGAAUGAGAAGGGUAUAAUAUUAUAUAAUAUACAGUUUACAACAAUACGAGUAUUAUGUAUUUUUUCCUCAUACAACGCUCUUUGGAGUAGUAAAAGGUUUUAUUUAACAAUAUUUACGAGUUGUGUAUAGAUAUUAAUACGGGCGAUUUUAGAUUCUGAUUUUAGCGAAGAAUGUAUUAGUUUUACAAAGAUGUUUAUUUUUUUUAUUUUUUAUGUGAACACUUUUUUGCUAGAAAGCUUAGUUCGAUAAUCAAGAAUAGCACGUUUUUUGAAAGAAAUGUUCUCUAGGUGGUGCUUUGGAGAAGUCGUUUUGGAAAUUCUCAUUAAUAUUCGAGAAAAAGACUGAAAGAUUUUUAUUUAUUUUUUGUUUUUAUCAAGUUUUUACGAUUUUAGUUUAAAUCAUUUUUUAAACAAUCAUUGUUGUCAUGGAAACGCAUAUUAUUGUAAUCGUCUUACCAUAAUAUGAAAUACACAUUGUUUACGAAGCAACAUUAUCAACCGAACUCCACUCAUAAUUAAUUUUCCUUUAGCAAUGGUUGAUUAUUGCUUACAGAUAUACAAUAAAUUUCUGUCAGCUUCCUACCUUCCGAACUUUCUACAACUACAUUACUACCUACAACAGUGGCUGCAGCACAUGCGAAGCAUGCCCAUUCUUUUUUAUUUGGAAAUUAUUUUCUCGAUUGAUAAUUAGUUUUUUUUCUGUCCAACCAAAUCUGAAGUAAUCAUUAUACGCCACGUCAUAGCUUUAGAGGUUUUUAAACAACUGUAUAACCUUAUUGUUUGAUACGGUUUUGACGAAUAGCUAAAGAUGACGCACUGUUAUUCUUCGAAUUUCGCGUUCUGUUAAAAUUCGACUCAUUUCGACCUAAGUGCCACAAUGUUCCAAAUAACGUAAUUUCGAUUGUAAUUAUUAUUUACUGAUCGUCUUGACGUCGCGUUUAUCACAAAAAUCGACUUGCGGCAGAUCAACCGGCGAACGAGACGCGGAAAACCCAUCCUGUGUCGUAUAUUUGCCGUAAUAAUUUUACUCACGAAACGCGGAGACGCCUUACCUGCAGCAGUAAGUGUGCCAGCGGCGGAGUUCAAAUCGCGUUGUUUUGCGCGCCACCGAGUCUCGCCAUGCCACGCCGCGCCGGCUGCAGCGGGCUGGCGGUCGUCUCGCGCGCGUUUCACGACCCGACGAGAAGAUUUCACGUUCGACCGGUCGGAAACUUUUCCUCUCAAUCUCGUCAACUUUUCGGUUGCCGCCAGAAAGUUGCGGCCGUCUUUAAAUUAAAAUAUGAGAGUUCCUAUACAGCGCACCGCGCCCGUUUUAACCACAGACGUUUUAAAUCGUCAGCAACUACAAAACACCGAGUGCGCGAUAUAUUAUAUCACGUAUAAGUAUUUAGAAAUUCGUAAUCACGAGAAUAAAUACGAAUCUUUUGGCCCACCUUUUGAGUGAAUGCGACCGAGCAAGAAUAAGGGCCGCGGUGUCUGCGAAAUAUUAAAAGCACCGCAGGUAUAAAAUAUUAUUAUUUAUUCAUUGAUUAUAGGUUACUUUUACUUUUACUAACAGAUUUUUAUCGACGAUUUUGCCGUUUGACUAUUAAUUCGGAAAAUUUAAGCUUUCAGCCCCUCCUCUUCCCAAAAUGAAUGAACCUUUACGUUUACAUGACAGAAAAACAAUAAUCAUUUAUAAACGACUGUAUAUACUUAGAGCCAAACGUCUGGUGAGAAAAAAAAAUCACGAAACAUAACCUCAUAUAUUUCAAUAUCGCUUCGUCUGAAUAGCGAGCUUGUAUGUCGUGACUUAAUCGAAAAUAAAACCUCCGAUAUUUUGUGUUAUGCGAAAUUACGUCGCGUGGGUCAUCAGUGGGGAAAAAUAUUUUCACUCCGGAUAUGUAUUUUUGUUUUUCUUUUAUCGUGAUGGAAAGAACUACCCAAGGCCCUUCGAUGUGUCUUAUUUUGUAAACGUGGCAGGUUUUUUUUUAUCUCCUUUCAUCGUGUAUAAAAAAAGAAAAUAAAACUGUAAGUUUUAUUUUUAGCGAUGCGUCUCGAUUAAUAUUAUUAAUUUAGAGAUAGGAUGUUAAUGACCUAAAAAAAAUAUCAAAACAGACCGCAAAAAAUAUGCUUUAAAUGACUUAGGAUAUAUUUUUAAAAAAUUACCUGAACAAUUUUAAAAAAAUGAUUAAAAAAGUAUUAUAAAUGUGUUCACAAAAAUGUUUAUUUUUCGGUGAUAUAUUAUUAGGGUCAAAUAAAAUACUGUGUAUCGAUAAUUGUUCAUAUACUUAUAUCAAGUCAUAAAAAUAUUCGUAAAAUUAAUCGUGAGAGAGAAAAACACAUCCACAUUAAUAAUAUUAUAAUAAAUGUAUUUAUAGCUAAAAAAACAUGGUUUAAAAAAAAAAAAAACAAAAGCUGAUACUGGGGAUGCAAUAGGCCACUAUUGUAGUUUAAAUGUAGAAAAGGUAAGAUACAUAAUGUUAUUUCAUUAAUAUUAAUUGUAAGCAACGGUAAACCAUUAGUUGACAAAAUACGAUUCCGAGCGUAAUUCAGUAAUACAUAAUUUGAAGUGCCGUAAUUUUUUUUUGCCAUAUCCAUUUAAAUUUGAUUUCAAAACGCUUAUAAAAAAAAAAAGAAAAAAGUCGUUCAAUGAUUUUAGAAAUUUUCCCACGUCUAGAUAAGUCCAGUAUAAGUAUUAUUAUCAAGUUUCAAGUCUCUACGUGUAUUUAUAAUCGAAUUACAGCAAAAAACUCCCAAAAAUUUAAAUUCUUUAAAAACUCAAAAGUUUUGGCAAUGAUACCGUAAAAAAUUUAAUGAAAAAGGCAGCAAAUAAAGUGUCUUGUGAUUUUUCGAUUAAAUCACUUUUUCUGGUAGAAAACGUCGUCCAUGUUUUUAUAAAAUAAUGAAAUCAUGAAAUUGUACGUUUUCUUACGUUUUUUUCCAACUUAAGUGCUUUUAUUUAAAAAAAUAUGGCGUCGAAAAUCAAAAAUUUAUCUAUAUAAAGUACCAAAUAAGCAACUUGACAUUUCAGCUAAGUUACUGCACGUAAAAAUCGGAGCAAGUUUACUAGGAAAAAACGUGUCCGCAGGCUAGAACAAAGAAUAAAGAAAAAAAAAUAAACGUUUCAGUAAUAGCAAUAGCCCCCUCGCUACGCUCGGAAUCUAAAAUGCAAAAUAAAAUUUAUCUGAUAUUCUGAAUGUAUAUGAAGCGUGAAACGAGUUUUUACGUAAGAUAGCAUUUUCGUAUGCGAUUUGGAGGAGAAAAACGGGGAAAACUCAUCAGCACGCUAUCUGUAAAUUAUUAUUAUUAUUAUUAUCGUUAUGCCGUAGUUGUUUUUGUUGUUGUUUUCGUAAUCGUGUUAUCAUAUUAUAAAACUGUGUUUACGACACGACAAAAGAAGAGUAAAACAAACAUAAAAAAAAAAAAAAGUCACAUACCUAAUAUUUACUAUAAACCUACGGUGUUUAUUGUAUACCUGCACACAACGAGCGCGUAAUUAAUUUGCCAAAACCACGCGCGUAUUCUAACCGGAGGCUACACUAUCUUAAUACCCGUGUACAGGGCGUAUCUACAGUAUUUGACGAUGCCCCACGUAAUUGCACAGUAGGAAUUUAUCGAAUUCUCCAGUGCGCCCUGUAUGUUGUAUAGCAGUGCGCCGGAAUAUUGUUAUAAGUAUCAUACUCGACUGCGUUACUCGUGCGUACACGUACGAAAACGUGCAAAAAAAACCGAUGAUGGGUUUUUUGUGCGUGUGCGUGUGUGUGUGUGUGUGUGUGUGUGUGUGUGUGUGUGUGUGUGUGUAUUGUAUACAUUAAACAUUAUUAUUAAUAUCGUGCCCCUGCAAUAGGCAUAUAUGACCCCGGAGCCAAAGACGCGGAUUAUCAUGCACGCGGUAUCUCGCGGCAUGUAAUAAUUAAACCGCGUAUACGUAUUAUAAUAAUAAACGAACGAGUGCACUAUACACAAUCUCUUUGAAAAACGUUGGUAAAAUAUUUUCGUCUGUGUGCACUGCACACUGUGCGCGGUAUUAUAAUAUACGUAUGUGUGUAUACGUACGUGAGCGUUUUGCACAAAUGUUUUCAAAAUUUAUACGCCUAUCCUUUACAUUAUAUACGCACUAUCGCGAGAAAAUAUUUUAUAAAACCAAACAUAAUAUUAUUGAAACAUAAUAUCGUAACCGCGUUUCCUUCGUGCACAACAUUAUAACGCGUAGAAAAACGUUCAGAACAUAUUUUCUAAGUUUUAGUUCGCAUAUUACAAAAAAGGUACACGCAAAAUAUUGUUAACCGCAUGUAUUGCAGUGUGUACGAUAUUGCGUUAUACAAACUUUUUUUUCGUGACCGAACAUUAUUAAAAAACGGUUUUUUUUAACAACGUGGACAAAUUACAAAUGGACACUAAAACGAAAACGGCGGUACACCGGCCGAUGUUUACAAGUUUUGAACCGGUCUCGACCGGUAUGGACGUGCCGAUAUAUUGCCGGUGAUGACGCGCGACCAUGUUCUCGGCCAAUAAACGAUACGGAAAAUGCCGAAAUAACUAAAAACAUAUAACGAAGACAAUGUUGAUUGUUAUACAGGAUGUUUAAUAUUUACGCGAGACACUCGUUAUUUUGGAAAAUGUGUAUUUUUUUUUUUGUUGCACUAUGACAUUACUCUCGGUUUUUGCCAUUUUGAAACUUGGGGCUGAAAUCAUUAUAUUUAUAAUAUCUUCUUCUUCUUUUUUUCUUAUUUUUACAUCUCGAGAGUUCGUUUAAGACCAUUGCUGCAUCACACAGUUCCUUCCGUCUCUGUUUCUCUGGUGCUACCAGAGACCUUAUAGUCUUCUGCCAAAUCCUUUAUCAGACCAUCGAUGUUUAGGUUGCCUAAAGGCCACUUAUCUUGCGGUGUCUAAUUCGGUUUUUCCCUUGCAAUCGUUUUAGAUGUAAGUUGACGGCCUAGCCGACUGAGAGUGUUUUGGCCCGAAUCACCCCUAUUAUGUUUGGUUACCCAAAAAGGAGUUGCAUUAUUUAUUUAUAAUAAAUCGCAGUAAAAAACAAAAACAAUUUCUAUCCUUCUUCCCUUUUUUUUUUCGCCUAUCAGAUUUUGUCGGACUAAUUUUCGUUCGAGGCGUAAUCCACUAUAUUAUAGUAUAACAGCUCUACUACGGUCGGUUUCCCCAAACAUAUACUCGAAAUAAAACUGCCCGCGCUCUCACAGCGGAUAUUAAUGACGGUCCAAGUGCCGAUAACCCGUCGACCAAUUUUGUACACAUUAGGUAUACCUAGUAAAUCCUCAUACAAUGGUAUUUUUUUUUAUUUUCUAUAAGCAGACGUACAAAUAGAGAAUGGUUUUUUUUUUUUUUUUUUUUUGUCUGAAGCGGUCGUGCACCACGGGUGUAGCUGAAUUGCCUAUGGAUAACGCCGUUCUAUAUAUUAAUACAAAAUAACAUUAUUAUGUAUAUGUACUCGAAAUAUAAUAUCCGAAACAUUAUUUUUAAAAUAUAUAAUUGUUCGAUUCUAUAAUAAUUUUGUGUUUUCCUUUAGAUAUAAUACGAUAUAAAUUUUAAAUAUGAGUACAUACUAUACUUGACACGUAUUUAAAAUUUGGCCCCGUCGAACGGCAUGCGAAAAAAAAACGUAGAAAAAAACCGAUAACGAUAUUAUUAUUUAUAACGAACUUGAUAUUUUUUAGUCUCUCGUUUAUUCAGUAAACUAAGUAGAGGUAACGAAUAAUUAAAAAAAAAAAAAAAAACCCGGGAAAUGUUUGAUUUACGAGUAACUAUACACUUUCCCUAACGUCGUAACGGGAAAAAAUAAAUCUAAAUUAUAAUUUUUUUCUUUUUUUAAUACAUCAAAAGUAUAUACAUAUAUAUAUCUGUAUAUAAUUUCUUAAAUUUACGACUUUUUACGAAAAGUAUGAAAUAUACUUGUUUCAAUAAUGAACCGAUGAAAAAAAAAAAUUUAAUUUAUUUCCCCGCCUCCGAAAAAUGCAUGACCCGUGCACUAAUCAAGUUGUUUUUUUUUUUUCAUUUUUUAUCAAACGAAACCUUCGAAUCGUAUGGUAUUAGAUUACAAUAGCUAUACAGCUUAUUGAAAUAAUUAUUUACGAGUAUUUUCGACUUGUAUACUUGACGUCUAGCAUCAACGACAAAAAAAAAAAAAAAAAACAACUAAUUUCGUAUCAUACGGCGUGCACGACAAGUGUUGAAUUCUCAAAAACUCAAUGCACUUUACUUAUCGUCUGGUGUGAAUGAAUACGUGUAAAUGAACACUAACCGACCGGUCAAAUGGUUAGUAAAUUAGUAUUGCAACAUAUAUAAAUAAUAAACAAAUGUUAAUAAUGCAGUCGAGUCUCGGUAUCUAGAACCUCGACAACGCGAAUUUUCUGUUGACCCGUGGAAUUCCUAUACAUCGAGUUAAAUUACUCGACUGUUUCUCGAACAAAACUCUUCAGUUUUAUUCAGCCAAUUGUGGCAAAAAUUACAAAGCACGGUAAACAAAAACCGGAAAAUCCUCCGGCACGGUUCGGUUUUUCUAUAAGUUUAAAACCGUUUGCAUUUUUAACGAAUUUCAACUCCGAAAAUACCAAAACUAAUAAUAAUUAUAAUACAAUUUUAAUGCUAGACGUUAUUUUUGCCCGUCUAUGAACAAUUAUUAUUACAUCGUGACAGACCGAUACUGAAUCGUUGUGGGUUUUUUUUGUUUUUUAUAUACUGUACCAAAAAAAUUUUCCAAAUAAUUAAAAAUGUUCGGUAAAAUCGAAAUACCGAAGGUGACACGGCAAAAAGUUCUAAGCGACACGGUUUCACUGUCGGACGGAUAAAUACGUGUUUCGUCCAUUGCGUGCGAGUGAAAACAGCUGUGAUCAUUAUUUAACGACCAAUUUGAAUUUUAAGUUUGGGAUAUACCAUAAAUACCAUUUUUUAUUUUGUCUUCUCAAUUAUAGGGUCUAAUCAACAAUCCGUAUUUACCAUAGGAACGUACAAACAAAAAAAUAGUGGUCAAUAAAAAAAUUCCCUAUUCAACCGAAAAAGGUUAAACCUAAAGGCCAACCUAAAGAAAAAAAGGUAAAAUCACAAAUAAAUGUAUUUUGACACGAAAACUAUGCAUUUUGCACUUACAACUUUUUGCCGUUUCACCAUGGGGAUGUUAAAAGCCACACCUGCCUAGGUUUUUGAUAUUUUUGGAUAUUUCUCCGAUAUAAAAAAAAAAUUGACUUUCCCAAUGCACGUUGUGACUAUGAUAUUAUUGUAGACGAAAUUUACUAGGUGCACAAACGGAUUCAAACUCGAUGUUGACUAGUGGUCAAACGUACAGCAAUGACGAACGCAAUAGCGUUGCGAUCUUCGUACCACGUCAUUUCCCAGAAAGCAAAAAAAUAUUUAAAAUAACACACACACUGCACAGACACACACACACACACAUCAAAAUAAAAUAUAGUAAAACGAAUAAAAAAAAAAAACAUAUAAUAUUAUAUAAUACCAUUUUAUAUUUCGGUAUUUAUAGGAUAUAAUAUUAUAUUUUUUUAAACGAAAUGUCAAGAGAGAAAAUAUGAGAAUAAUAAUACGAAUAUAUACAUAUACCUUUAUAUGAUAAUAUUCUAAUAUUGUGGACGUAAAAUAAAAUUUGCAUAUACGACUUUUUCAAUGUCGGUCGAGAUGACACAAGGAGACGACGACGUCGAGGGGUGAAAAACUAUACCGGAAGCGCGUGUUAUAUUAUUACAAAUAUUUAACCGAAUUUUCGGUCGACCGGAUACCACGCGCGGUUUCGUCUCUUUUUUCGAACACCGUCAUUCCGUGUCUCUAAACGUCCUAGAUCCGCAAUAAUCGGUGACGCGUCGUUUAUAUUUCUUUGUUUCUUUUCUAGAACGGAGAGAUCGUUUCGUACAAUCCAGCCGCUUAUAUUGUCGAAAGUAUUUAUUAUCGUUCGGAACGGACGUUAUUAUUGACUCGCUGUGCGUUAACGAGCAUAGCAUAAAAUACACAACUCUCUGAAUCGGUUGAGGCACGUGUAAAAACUGGUGAAACAACACUCCGAGUGUUAGAGCUUUAUUCGUCAAUCCACCCCUAAGGAUGAUAGGGUAUAAAAUAUUAUUACGGCUUAAAAUAGUCAAUAUACAAUAAAAAUUUUACGCUGUCCCAUUGAGAGUAAAUUUGUGUACCGCGACGAAACUAAUAAGAAAUUCGUCCACUAGGAGCGCUAGUGAAAAAACUUUAUAGCGAUAAUUAAUAUGCGCAGUAAUAAACAACUGCAGAUAUCUGUACAUAAUAUAAGCUGCUUUGUUUAUAUUAUUCAUCAAUCUCGUGUCCGUUAUGGGAUUUUAUCGAUUCGUAGAUCGCACAUCACAAUGCGUACAAACCGUAAUUAAAAUGCAAUUGGCGACACUUUAAUACUCGUACAAAAUUAUUACACCGGUUUUCCUUUUUUUUUUUUUUUUUUUUUUUUUUUUUUAUGGAUAUGUAAUAUACGAGAUACGAUAUAAAGCAAUACUAUAUUUAAAAUCGUAUUUUCCACUAAAAAUAAUUAUUUAAUUAACAAAUUAACCAUUUUUUUUUUUUUUUUUAGAUUUAUUUUUGUUUUUGUAUUUAUAAUGGCUAUACAAUUUAAUACUAAUUAAUUUUAUCAUCAGAUAAAUCAAAAAAGACAAAAUAUAAAAUUCUCGAAAAUUCACUUGUUUUGAGUAACUGCACUUAUCACUACGAGGACUGUAGUAGAGUAGUACAUGUUCUACAUGAAUGUCUCAUCAAUCAGAUUUUUAAUGUCUAUGUAGUCGUCACGUAGGAACAUCAAAAUUAUAAUAAUCUGAUUGGACAUCUAGUCUAACGAGAAUGAGUUAAGCACAGUCUUUCACACGGGUAAAUUGUAUACUUCAAAACUACAGAGGCCGCCAAAUGGAGUGAAUGAGAGGAACAUAUUUUUAAAUUUUUGAUUGAUCUCAGGCUUUUAGGACGGGAGGAAAAAUGGCAAAAAAUCAAAAGACGUACCAAGUUAAAAACUUUUCUCCAUAUGCCCUCGAAAAUAAAUAAAAAUCUCUGAACGGAUAUUCGAUUUUCGUAUUUUCUGGACGAUAAAUGGCAUUUAGGACGAUAUUACAUUAAAUCAUAAACGUGUAAGACACUUUUUACGUAUUUCCUAAUUCAAAAGGAAUCGGCUGCAAUCAGACUUCCCGCAUGUUUGUACAUCCUACUGAUUUUCCGGGAGUCUCGCGGCUUUUGGGACUACAGGUACUUACAAAAUGUGAAAAUCGAAAGUCUAAUCGACGAUUCCUUUUUAUUGAGGACAAACGAAGAAGAAUUUUAACGUACGGAUUUUUAUUUUUUGCAUCGUUUUAUGUUCAAUAUGUAUUAUAACAUUAAUUAUACACGUAUAACGUUAAUAAAAAUAAUGUAAACACAAAUAAUUGUUUAAAAUUCGGUCCCCCCACCCUGCUCAUAACAAAAAUCGUUUGGCCCUUAUUGAUACAACGGUAUACGUAAAAGUAUAGCAUGCGAGUGAUUUACCCGUAGACCCGUAGUACGGUUCCAUUGUAGAUCGCGCGAAAAAACGAAAUAAAUAAUUGUGACAGGACGAGAGUUAUAGUACAGAGCUAUAGAAAACUAAAAUUGAAAAAUACGCGAAAAAAUAUACCGAAAGUUUUAUUCUCGCGCGCACGUAUUAUAUUGUAGUUUUUUGCCGAACGUCCGGAUGAACUCGGCGGAUAAAUACCCGAUAUGAUGAACCUGCGAUUUUCUCGGAGGAUUUAAAGUGAAUUUGAUUUCUGUUUUUUUUUUCAAUCAUUGUGGAAUCGUUUACUUAAAAUUGUUUUUAUAUUCACCCCUACUCCAUACGCCAUAAAUCUCGGUUUUUGAACGUAAAAUAUUUUUCUCAAAAUGUUUGCUUGUAAAACACUAGUAUCUGAUUUAACAUUUGUGAGUUAUACCCUACCCAAACCCCUCUCAUUGAUAAAUCCUCGCUAUACGACACUGAUUAUAACAGUUUAAAAUUUAGACCGGAAGUGUUAUGGUUUUGUUUUCUAAAAUUGGAUAUGCAAUUUGAAAUUCAAAAGUAUAAAAUGUUUUAAAGUACGUGCGGUAAAGGGGAAAAAUCGAAAAUAAAGCUUAUAAGAGAUUUCAAAACGAUCGAAAAAAAAAAAAAAAAACAGAAAUCGAGUUCAACUAAUAACAUACGAGAAAAUUAUCGCUUCGUGAUAAAUGAUCACCCUGUAGCAUACGUAUCUGGGCACUGAAUUAUUUCUGUAAGUUUUUUUUUUUUUUCGUGUCCCGUGUUCAAUCAACCGUCCGCGGAGCGCGGUACAGUUUCUAUAUUAUACGCGUACGUACAAUAUCGUUUCGGACCGUGAUAUUAUAUACGCGAUACGUUCUCGACCGACAAUCGCGGGUUUUCGGAGGCGGGGUCAGAGGAGGAGGAGGAGGAGGGGGGGGGGGGGUAGGGAGGUGCGGCACGCGAAAAUCACGUGCAAUAAUAAUACGCCGUCGUCGUAUGUACGUACGCGCACAGAAAGAGACGGAACGGAAAGAAGUGUGCAAAGGAAUGUGCGUGCGUGUGUGUGUGCCAAAGUUUUCGAAACAGGAAAUUGACUGAUCACUGACAAAUAGCUAAACUACACGCGCGUCUCGGAUAACUAUCUGCCGGCUACAAACGCGAAAGUUUCGCGUGUGUGUGUGUGUUAUUCCGCCGCCGCGUCUGUGUGCCGUAUAUUAUUAUUAUCGGCUGCCAAUGCGCCAUUUUGGCCUUAUUCUCGUUUUGGAUCGCCGUCGCAAUAUUAACGAAUACGGCGGACGUAUAUAUAGAACCGCGCUUACCGCUCGUACUUGCUGCACGAGCGCGCGCAGGUACGCCGUUCCAGUUUCAAAAGCGUUCCAAUUCAAUAUAUUAUUGUUAUCGUUAUUAUUAUCAUUGUUAUCGUUGUGUAUCGCGGACGCGUGUUUAGAAUCCGCCGCGGAUUUCGUAUGAACGAGCGAAAAGUGCGCGUGUGUAACGCACACGCGCAUACUGAUAUGUCCGAAAUUGCUCGUGACAAAUGUCGCGCGUACAAUCUCCGAUUUUCACCGAAAAUGAGACGAAUGCCGUUUCGUAAUGUGCAAUUUUCAGCGCCGUAUUCGGAGCCGUGAACGGUCGGACCCCGCGUUCUCGAAGUUAGCCCCGCCGAGUGGUCCGAUCGACUUCAGACCCGCGCCAAUGUUUCGCAAAUUAGUUGCGUACGAUUUGCAAAUUGGUUUUUACGACUCGCGAAUCGCACGGAGAGCCACAAAUCCGAUUUUUAGUUUCCGUCGCUGUGCUCUGAUUUAAACUCGCGGCAGCCACUAGCCGUCAACAUAUGCCCACCGAUAUUAGAGAACACACGAAUGUACCUAAUCUAUGGGUCAGCCAUAACGGGGAUAUUAUUGAAUGGCGACGUACGUAGCCAGAAAUGCCCGGUUCACGGUACGUCUACCCGGUCCCAAUCGAAAUAAUUAUCAAGGGGACGGCGGAAAAAAUAUAAAAUAGUAGAGGGGGGCUCCGUCUUACCAAUUCAAGCGGUUUAUACACCGAUAUCGUUUCACACCGUUUCAGAUAUAAGUAACCCUUAUAAAUGUUACAACGCUAUAAUUACACUUUCAUCCGAACGUAUUUAAACCUGUACUCCAUAUAAUUGCGGAAUUUCGAAUGUGUAACAAGUUGUCGUUUGAAAAUCAAAAUCAGGUAGACUUAGCGUUCUUAAUUAAACUGUUUAAAAACAAAAUGUCUUGCCGAAGAAUGUUAAUUUUUUUCCGAGAUAACGAGUGUACGCCCGUUUGAAUGGUUCAUCUAUAGCGGAGAUGGGCAACUCGGUGUGACAAGAGGGCCAAUUUUUAGGACUUAAAAAUCUAGCGGGCCAGAGAACACAGAUAGCAAAAAAAAAAAAAGAAAAAGGUCAAUACAAUUUCAAAUUUACAAAUGACAUUUAUUUUUUACAUUUAAUUAUUUACGCAUUUAAUACAUGUGGAGUUUAUUAAUUAAUUUGAAAAUGUAGCACGGGCCAGUAAAAAAUGGUACGCCGGCCGGAUACGGCCCUCGGGCGGCCAGUUGCCCAUCCCCGACCUACAGGAUAUUUUGACUUUUCUUAGAAAUAUUUAUACGUACAAAUUAAUCAGCCAUCGUCUGUGGAAUAAAAAAAAAAUUCACCUAAAUGCGGCGUGUGGAUGUGCUACAAUUUAGGACUUAAAAAUCUAGCGGGCCAGAGAACACAGAUAGCAAAAAAAAAAAAAAAAAAAAAUGGCUCGCGACGCGUACACGAUUAUUUUUACACGGAAACGGAACGUAUUGAUUUUUUUUUUUCGUUUCUCGUAAACAUCUACUUGAUGGAUUGUUUUGUUUUAAUUUUUUUUUUUUUUCGUUUUUCACGGGGACCCGGUGAAAUAUAUUAUUUCGAUUUGCACGCACUUGCAGUUCCGUUUUAUCGCUUAGCGGUGACGUACGACUUGACGACGGUAUUUUUUUUUCCCUCGAAAUUACAAAAUACGUAUUUACCUAUACACAUUCGAUGAAACGUAGGUACGUAGAAAACGUAAUUUAAUCAGUCGAUAAAUGUCUCAUUAUUAUAGCACAGUGAUUUUCAAAUUUUUUUUUUUUUCUUAAUCGCGUCUCUUCAUACGUUUUUUGGACACCGAGUUUAUCGUCAUACAUUCAAAACGUGAUCGGUUUUAUCGCAGCCAAUAAGGUUUUAGCGCAUGUUUUAUCCGCUAUUUAAAUGCCGCGGCGGCCGUGAUUUUUGCGCAAUUUACGGUCGACGAUUUUUUUAUCGUUUGAACAAACGACCGCAAAAAAGUUCGGUUUGAGGCUGUCCGCGCCAAAAAGUGAACUGUACACCGCCUCACUAUGCGACCGGAAGACGAACGCGGAUGCGAUAUCACCGGCCGUAUAUCUUUUGAGUUCCUGUGCGUGUGUACGCGAAUUUUCAACGCAAAACGAAUGAAACGUUGUUUAAAACGUAGUGGCGUAAUUUCGUUUUUCAUCAAAAGCACUGCGGUUUUUAACUAACGGCUUUUCGCCGGCUUUGGACUUCGCACGUCGUUGGGACGCGUCAAUAAUAACAAUGUAUGAGGAGGGGUGCAGUUUCAAAGUGAGCGAUUUCCGUGUUCACUAAAUGUUCAGAGUACCGAAAAACCGAACGACUAAAUCUAAAAACGUUUUUAUUCGUACUGAUUUUUCAAAUCUGUCCGUAUAGCUGUUGUGCAAGGACGAUUUGUCGGUAUUUCCUUAGAAAGACAAUAUUUUCUCUUGGUUUUGACGCGAUUUCGAUUGGAGAUUGUACGGUAUGGAGUUAACAAUUGGAUAGUGCUCGCUUUUAAAAAUAACUUCAGGACUGUUAAAUAACUUUUAUUUUAUUUUUAUUUAGUUUAAAGGUUUACAAAAGAAAAAAAAUCGAAAACGUUAACAACUAUCGAUUACAGUUAUUAAAACUAUUCUAAUGGUAAACAUUUAAAAACAUUCGAAAUGAAAAAUAAUAUUUCAAAAAUACUCAAGGUCAAUAAGUAAGUCAAUUUUCACCCCACUGUCAACGAUUUACGGUACAAUAUUUUAUCUAUUUGUGUGACGUUAUCGACGAUGUUUAUAUUAUCAUAAUAUUGAUCAAACCUAUGCACCGGGGAUUCAGUAUUCGAACUUGUACAUACUCACUCUGUUUAACCCAUCUCAAAACAUCCGUCAUUAAAAUCAAAUUUAAACGUCCCCUUAAAUACCGGAAAAAUGAACGCCGAUAUUACUGGAAGGGGGACCACAGCUCCCCCACCCCAGAAUAAGUUCUACGUUGCAUUUAUUUGUAAUGUGCGAGCGAUAAAUACGCAGACGUGUUUUGUCUUUCGACAUUCGUCAACACUGAAAACGCGUUAAUUAAUAUGUUUCUGUUCUAACCGUCUGUGUAUCGAUUGCGUUCGUUAAUGGCGGAAUGAAUUCUUUUGCAGGUGUGGCUGUUCGGGGACUUGCUGUGCUCCGUAUGGUUGGCAGUGGACGUGUGGAUGUGCACGGCCAGCAUCCUGAACCUGUGCGCCAUAUCGCUGGACCGGUACUUGGCCGUCACCCGUCCGGUCCAGUAUCCCAGCCUGAUGACCAGCUUCCGGGCCAAGGUGCUGGUGGUCAUCGUGUGGGUGCUCAGUUUCGUGAUUUGCCUGCCGCCGCUGGUCGGCUGGCGGGACACGCACACUGACGCGGUGGACGACUGGUCACCGGGCGCGCUACAGAACGAGACGAUCGGACUACCGCGUCCGCAACCGCCCCAAGAGGAACCCCUGUCGCCGUGCCCGUGGAUAUGCGAGCUGCCCAACAAAAAGUGGUACGUCGUGUACUCGGCGCUGGGCUCGUUCUACAUACCGAUGUUCGUCAUGCUGUUCUUCUACUGGCGCAUAUACAAGGCGGCCGUGCACACGACCCGGGCCAUUAACCAGGGGUUCCGGACCAUGCGCAGCCGCCGCGCGUUUGGUAACCGGUUCGACGAGCAACGGCUCACGUUGCGCAUACACCGAGGUCGCGGUUCGUCGCUCAAACAGGCCCCCCCGUCCACGACGGGCGCCAUGACGCCCGUCAACGGGGCCGGCGGUGGAUCGCCGGAUAUCAAUAAUAGGCCGCCGAGUCGGCGGCCGUCGGUCCGGCGCAGCAACCACGAGCGGAUCAAAAUUAGCGUCAGUUACCCGAGCUCAGACUGUAUAAGCGCGGCCACGGUGGUGGCGGCCGCGUCCGCCGUCACGGCCAACAACAACCACACGGCCGCUGGGAACACGACCGCGGACGCCAACGGUAACGGCGGCGGUAGCGGUGGUGGCGGCGGUGUUAGUGGUGGUGGAGGCGGCGGCGGUGGCGGCGGCGGCGGGUGUUCGCCGCCCGAGACCCUCAGCCAAAAGUCUCGGAGCUCGUUUUCAUCGACUACGUCGCCGACCAGUUCCAGUCCGCUGUACGCCGUCCACUACACCGCAGCAGAGACGUACCAGCACCAGAGAGUACCCAGCCGGAGCGUUAUCGAAUCGUCUUCCGCGGCCGCCAGUCAGCUCCGCGUUUCCGGCGGAAGUCGAAAGGAGAAUCGGCGGUGCAGCGCGGGAGACACCGCGUCCGCGCACUCGCGUCUCCUGUUAACCUCGUCGUCUUCGACGGGUGACCAACACCAUCACCUCGUCCAUCACCUCCACCACCACCAUCACGGAGGCCGGCCGCCGUCCGGAUCGAUCGUCUCCUGUAACAAGGAGCAGCUGUCGCCGUCGCCGUCGUAUGACGAGUCGGGCGGUGGUGGCGGCGGAAGCGAAAUCCAAUGCGUGAACGAAGGCCAAAGCAGCAGCGAAAUCCGUGGCGGGUCCGGAACCGGUAACAAGUCGUCCAAGCUGUUCGCGUCAAAGAUGAUGGGCGGUGGCAAGCGGAACAUUAAGGCCCAGGUCAAGCGGUUCCGGAUGGAGACCAAGGCGGCCAAGACGCUGGGCAUCAUCGUCGGCGGGUUCAUCGUGUGCUGGUUGCCGUUCUUCACCAUGUACUUGGUCCGCGCGUUCUGCCCGGACUGCAUCCAGCCCACCCUGUUCUCCGUCAUGUUCUGGCUGGGCUAUUGCAACAGCGCCAUCAACCCCAUGAUCUACGCGUUGUUCAGCAAAGACUUCCGGUUCGCGUUCAAACGGAUCAUAUGCCGGUGGUGCUGUUGGGCGUCCGCCGGCGACUCGACGGCAGGCGGACCGGGUGCCGGCGGCCUGACCGUGGCCGACUACGGCCGCCGCAAGGGGUCGGACGGCUCGCAGCUGGGCGGCGGCAGCUACGUGGGCGGCAACGGGUCGUCGUCGCGCCGGAGAUCGUACUGCGUAGUGAGCGGCGGCACCGGCGGCCCGGGGGCCGGCGGUUCGGACGAGUGCAGCGCCCGGAGCAUGCGGCUGCUCCAGUACUCGGACAGCGAGCCGCUCAACGAACCGUGUUCGGACGACCGGUGAUGACCGCGCCGGUACCGCAGUCACGUCCCGCGCGCGCUCGCCGGCCCGUGCGUUUUCGCGUUACGUAUCGUCGGCAUCGGUAACCGUUACUUUACAAUAACGGACGCGAUGGCGAUUGAUAUUAUUAUUAUUAUUAUUAUCAUUAUUAUUAUUAUUAUUAUUAUUAUAUUAUUAUUACGUUACACGCGUUCCCGACGCCCCGUCGUUAUCACUAUUAUUGCUAUUGUAUAACAGAAAUACACAUGUCUUGUACAAUAUAAAUUGAUAAUAUUCGCAUUACGGUUAUUAAUAUUAUUCUGUG